AGGCAAAGCCUAUAGGAGUUCAGUUAGUGGAGGCAGGUAAGUUAUUUUCAGGCCAAUAGUCAGGAGUUGGUCCCAUUGUUCCUCUAUGACCUUGAUUAAUAUGAAAACAGAGCUUGUUAACUGUCUUGUAGAAAACCUUUAAAAAAAUAAACUAUUAAUUAAUUUUCCAGAAGAAGAUGGUGAUGAAAGUGCCCGCUCAACAUUCAGGAAAAGGUAGGCUUUUUAAAGCCAAUUAUAAUAAUUCAUCAAAUAUCAGAACCAUAUUAUUUUAGAUACAUUUGUCAAAGACUCAGUUUUUGAUCUUUGAAAUGAAAGUGCUUAAUAGGGCUCCAGGCAAUUGUGUUAAUAUUCUUUUGAAUGUGAGAAAACUGGGAUAGUUCCUUUUGGUGGUGUUUUAAUACAGUAAUUAGAUUUGCUCUAGGCACAACCCUUUUUUACAAGGAUUUAAACACAGGAUUUAGUUUAUUACUUUAGUUAAGAGGCAGCUGAUGUACUACCAAACACACUCUUAAAAUUCCAUACAAAGACAUGGUCCUUGGCAGCUCACAGAUAUACUAGUUUAUUUUUAUACUUUAAGCUGUCACAGGACAUGCAUGUAAUCCAACUCCUUUAAGAAUCAAUCACAGGAUAAUCAUUACUUUAAUAGGAGUGGACUUCACUCUUUGCCAGUUUGUUGCACCCGACUAGAACUGUACUUUUCAGAAAUGCGUCCUGAAAGUUCAGUUAACUCUAAGAUAUUUUGAGUCUACUUGAAAGCUAUCUAGGUGACAAUGAAUGCUGAUUCUCAGCCCAUUUCAGAGAUGGUGCUCCUCUUUUUGGAUGUGUAGAAUCCAGUGGGUUUUCUUUAAUUAAUGACUAUUACCACAAAUAUUGAAAGUGAGAACUAACAAGCAAUGAACUACAAGUAAGCAGCUCUUUGAAAGGGAAAGAUUGUUGCACCCUGGCUACUUUUCCAUUCUUCUUGAAUUAUUCCUCUCCAGAUGUUUAUUUUUAUAUUUAUUUAUACAUACAACUAAAAUGCCGCUUAACAUAAAACAACUCUAUGCAGUUUGCAAGAAGAAGUAAAGUCAUAAAAUCACAGCAAAAAUCUAAGAGAUACAUCAGAGGAGCUUUUUUUUAGCCUGAGGGAUGCUUUCCUUUCUAGGCAAUCUUCUAAGGGCCACAUGCCAGCGGUGGGUGUGGCCAGAGGCAAAGAUAAGCAGAGGUACGAAUGCACAUCUUACUUUUGUGCAGUUGGCUAGUAUCUGCACACACUCGCAUGCUUCUCUUGACCCUCCAUCCAGACGAGCAAGAGCAUCACCAGAGCUCAAGUACACAUUCCAGCAAGGCAAAGACACAGGGUUCAAAAUAGGGCCAUGGAUGGGUGGGACCUGGGGAUAGUUGUGAAGGCUGAAGGUCUUUGUCACCUGGGCCUGGUGUUCCCUAUUUCUGAGAUACAUAGUAAAAUGCUAAAUCACAAUACCGAUCAGCACAAUCUGGAAAAAAAUGUUUUCAACAACCAGAGAAAGCCUGAAUAAAUAAAUGGGUUUUAAAAACAUACCACAUUUGAUGCUUCCUGAAUGGGGACUGGGUUCUAGAAGGAUGGUUCCACUGUGGGCAAGGCCUGUUUCCAUGAUGUCAUGGUCAUCUGGGGCCUCAUCAAGUGAACAUAUGGGUCGUCUAGGUCAGUAUGAGUGAAGGUGCUUUGCUAGGUAUCCUGGCAUACUGUAUCCCACUCACAGUAUACUCUGUGACAUACAUUGAAAUAUGCAGGCAAAGCCACUGCAUGUUCUUGGCAUCAAAUGUAAGUGGUUUUGAUGUUAUGCUCAAGCAGGAAAAACAGAUGCACAACAUUUUCAGAGCAACGUAUAAAAUGGAAAGACACAUAUCAUUCCUGUACGGCUGAUACAUCUCACUGUGGCAGAGAUGCAAAAUGUCCCACUUUGGAUGUUGUGUUAGAAGUGUAAAGUCCAAAGCCACUGCAAGUCUUUCCUCUUUCAAUGUCAUUGUUUCUUUUAUCUGUACUCAGCUAUUUCACUUCCAAAUCAACAGUGAAUUUAUCUUGGAGAUCUUGGUCCAUGCCUCACAGCUUGAUAGGCACUAAAGGAAACAUGGCCCGCCAGCCCUGUAUAAUGACCAGCCCAAGGCUGAAUUAACCCCUUGUUUCGGUUGCCUGCCAGAUGUUGGGUUGAAAUCACGACAGACGAAUGGUGGGUGUCAAAGGAGAGGCGUCUGCCGGGACAAGUCCCGGGAACUCUCUUUUAUUGAAUAUUACAAACAUUGCCACAGGUGUGCUUGUGGCUGAUUGGCUGAUACAAACACAAAGCAUCUUGUUGCUGAUUGGUUAACAUAGGUACAAGGCGGGAAUAACAUAUUACAUUAAUCACUGAUAGUUCAAAGACUGGGAAACGGAGCUGGAACUAGACAGGCAUGAAACCUCCUAAUUAAAUUAUAACUAAAGAUUGAUAUUGAGAGAACAUAACAUGAAGGAAUACAACAAUCACGUUCUGUAAAUGUGGUCAGCAAUGCAUUAAGAACAGGUCAGGAUACACUGUUUCAUGAACUCAAUGGGAACUGUUCAGAACAUUCUCAGACUUAUGUGCAGAGGCAAAAACUUCCCAGAAUGUAAGAGUUAUGUGCAGUAAGAGAACUGCAGAAAGAGAACUUCACAGUGAGAGAACUGCAGAAAGAAAACUUCCCUUCAUCUCCCCCUUUCUUUUCUUGUUUGCGAGGCAUUCCAGGUGGAUAAGGCAAAAAUACUUCGGGAUUAGUGGUGUGCCAGCGAAUGCCCGAAAUAAGCCUGCCAGGGUCGAUGGGACAAAAAUACUUCAGGAUACGUGGUUUGCCAGCGCAUGCCCAAAAUAAAUCCGCCCACAUCUCCCCUAAGGUUUACUGUUGGUGUUGCCAUUUCGCAAUGUAAGCAGCAAGGAGUUUACUGGGUGGUUGAGGGGGGGAGAGAAGCCGAGAGAAAAGACUCAUGAGGCUGGGAACGCAUUGAAGGAAACAGCAUAGUAAAAUAAGAAUACAAAUUAUGAAAAUAGCAUAUUGAAAGAGACUACGAAGCCAAGUAAAGUUAGGCAGCCAAGCAGUAAGCCACUGGGUGAAAGAAUCCCAGAGGCCAGGAAAACCAAUGUCCUGUUUAAUGUGAUGUGUAAGAUUUUGCAAAUGAGAGAUUUGACUUUGAAUGGCUCUUGAAUUGUCAGUAAUAUUGAAGCAACACAUGUCAUUCACUUGUUCACAGCCAUAAUGAUGAAGCAUCAGCAAAUAGUGAUAGCAGCACGAUUUCGUAAAAGUCCAUUAUAUAGUUCAUUCUGUUCUUUAUUCAAAAGGUGAAGGGCUUGUGAAGUAAAAUUCAGGGCUUUUGCUAAAGAAUUAAUGUUCAUACGAUUCCGUACAGCCAAUCCAGGGACUCCUAAGAGAGAAGCAACUAAAGAGAUAUAUUCAAACCUACUGAGAAGAGAGACAAAAGCAUCACAAUCAUUAGUCAAUUCAGUAUUGCAGCGAUAAAAUGAUGGACAAACGGCUUAAACAGCAAAGUGUGCCAUGGCUGAUGUUUGCUGGAAUGUAAUUAAACGUAUAGCCAGGACACGACCAGAAGAUUUCCAGUUGAGGGGAAGUGCAAGCUUACUCAUUAAAUUGAAUGGUAGCUUGUAAUUGCUGUAGUAAAUCUCUUCCCCACAGAUUGAGGUGGAUUUUCAGCACACAGGGCUGGAUGUAAGCAAUGGUUUCAGAGCUGUCAGGCAGAGAAACAGGCAGCCACUGUACGCUUUUGGAAGAGGUUUGGGGGCCACCCACACCCCAGACUGCAGAAGCAGACUCAAGGGGCCACGUGGGGUCCCAGCAACUACUAGAAAUUACAGAAACGUCUGCGCCUGUGUCAAUCAAGCCUUCCAGCACAAUACCAUUGAUUUUAUACUUACGAAGAAGUUUCUUCUCACCAAUCCUCUGGACUACAGCUAACAGCUGUGGAGGGAAAGAAGAGAGCUCGUGCAAAUUAGUAUCCAUAAUAGAAGCAGUAGGAUGAGAAGGAGCACCACCAAAUGCGCCCAAGACUCACCCUUUUUAAUUGCAUGGGCAUAUGGCUCCAGAGUUGAACCAUUAUUGUGCCUACAUAGUCAGGAUCCAGAACUCCAGGAAUAACCUGGAUUCCUUCCUUUGCCGCAGAAAAUUUGGGUAAAAUUAAACCUGCGACUUUAGGAGGCAGGGGACCUGCCAAUUGAGUGGGCAUAAGCACAAUUUCACCAGGUAGAACAGAGUCUUUGGUCUCUUGAUUGAUCAAAUCAAUUGCAAAUUCAGAGGGUGUGUUCUUUGAAAAGUUUGCAGCAGCAGAAGUUAAAGGUGGAAAUCUCUCUAAUUUUCCUGGCCCGAGAGCGAGGCCGGGAUGGAGUUUCCGAACUCCUGCAUUGAUUAGCCCAAUGAUAGCCUUUGCCACAUUUCGGGCAUUUUUAGAAGGUUUAGCCUUAGAGGCAGAACCAUCCUUGUGUGCCCCCCGCCAGAGGCUCUGCAUUGCUUGGCAAAAUGGCCUGGGUGCUUGCAAUUAAAGCAGUUACCAGUAGGCUUAGUGGUUGCUUGGAUUGCGCCGGCAAGCAAGGACAUCGCAUGGCUCUGGCUACCGACAUCCGCACAAGCUUGAAUCAUAUCGGCCAGUUCAUAUUUAGGGCGAUGUAUGAUUGACUGCAAAGCUUUCUUGCAAUCAGUGUUUGCGUUUUCAAAGGCCAAUUUUUUCAUCAAUUCAUUUUGAGCAGUGGUGUUAUCAAUCUGCCUAGUGACUGAUUCUUUCAAUCUAUCUAUAAACUGAUGGUAUGGCUCCGAAUGCUGUUGCUUAAUAUUUACAAAGGAGCUCAGCGGUUGCCCAGAAACAGGGACUUUCCGAAGGCGCGUUGUACACAGGUCGCGGUGCGAACAAAAUGUACAGGUGUCAGUGUUGCUUGGGCAGUUAUAUCAGCAAACUGACCAGCACCAUAAAGUUCAUUGGCAGUAUGUUGAGGAUCAGACAGGGCUGAAGCGCUAUGUUUAAAUUCACUCUCAAACACCACAUACUGAGCAGGGGACAAAAGCAUGCGCAUCAGGUCUUUCCAGUCCUGAGGUAGCAUAAUGUAGCCAGUUGCUAUGCCUUCUAGCAUCCCUGUCACAUAAGAGGAUUUCAGACCAGAAUCAGCAAUGGCUUUCCUUAAUUCCCUCAUUACAGAAUAAGGAAGCGAUUCAUAGUAAAUCUGCUGUUGAGCAGUUCCAGGGUUUGAAUAAGAGAUAGGGAAAGCAGACGGCAUUUCACCUGGCCACUCAGACUCCUCCUCUAAGGACAGGAGCCCUUUUGCCUUGCCAGAGAGAGCGCAGCCCGCACAGCUCGUGUAGAGCAAUCCGGGGGUGUGGCAGGAGGAGGAGGGGUGGAGGGGGCGGAAUCAGGCUGAGGCGGAGGGAUGGGGGGGGAGGAUGCAGGCUGGGGAGGGUGAGACGCAGGGAGGGAUUGGCUGGGCUGCAAAGCAGAAGGAGGUAAAAGUUUCGGGUAAGGGGGGGGAUUGUCUGCGAUGGCGAAAAGUCCUGGUGGCGAGCGAGACGCCUGUGGUAAUUUAGCAACGGCAUCAGCACAUUUCUGCCAAGUGAGCAGACAAUGAAUCGGAGCCCUAGGUUCUGCAAAAAGGGUCUUUCCGAUCUUUUGCCAAGUCUCUACGUCCAAAGAACCAGCCUCUGGAUAAAAGAUGCAUUGGCAAUUAAUCUCACAUAGCAAUUGUUCAAUUUCUUUUAAGGAAAUAUUAACACCCACCUCCCGCUGCCUAACUAAAUAAAGCAAUUCUUUAGCAUGCUCUUUCUGGAGUUUAGUCAAGUCCCCCCCCAUACUCACGAAGUAGCGCGCUGAGACUUUUCCAGUCGGGUGAAGUAUGAGGUUAGGCUGCGUAAGGGAUCUGGCACGUCAGGGUCACCAGAUGUUGGGUUGAAAUCACGACAGACGAAUGGUGGGUGUCAAAGGAGAGGCGUCUGCCGGGACAAGUCCUGGGAACUCUCUUUUAUUGAAUAUUACAAACAUUGCCACAGGUGUGCUUGUGGCUGAUUGGCUGAUACAAACACAAAGCAUCUUGUUGCUGAUUGGUUAACAUAGGUACAAGGCGGGAAUAACAUAUUACAUUAAUCACUGAUAGUUCAAAGACUGGGAAACGGAGCUGGAACUGGACAGGCAUGAAACCUCCUAAUUAAAUUAUAACUAAAGAUUGAUAUUGAGAGAACAUAACAUGAAGGAAUACAACAAUCACGUUCUGUAAAUGUGGUCAGCAAUGCAUUAAGAACAGGUCAGGAUACACUGUUUCAUGAACUCAAUGGGAACUGUUCAGAACAUUCUCAGACUUAUGUGCAGAGGCAAAAACUUCCCAGAAUGUAAGAGUUAUGUGCAGUAAGAGAACUGCAGAAAGAGAACUUCACAGUGAGAGAACUGCAGAAAGAAAACUUCCCUUCAGCCAGAGACUGCAAGAAUGGGUGUGGGGAAGCUUGGUGCGUCAAAAAUUGUGCAAGCCUGUCUCAAGUAACAAAUAACAGGUUUGGUUUUCCGCAGGUAUUGGAAACAAAGCAAUGUAAGCUGUAGUAUGUAAUUGCUAUGUAAGUAGGUUGUAAAUGUGUAUAUUAUAUGAAAAUAUGCCUUUGAAUUUAUUACAGCUUAUUUAAACCAACCAAUUAUACAUAUGUAAAUCCAGGCAACACUGAGAGUACCAAUGCCAAGGGAGAAAUGGACACGUAUUGUAAUAUUACCAACAACAAAGAAAUGAGGAAAGGAGACCUAUGGAAAAAUAAUACGCAGUUAACUCAAGAUUCAGAUUUUAAUCUGCUUAGUGUAAAUGAUAUUUUUUCUGCUUAUGGAAAUGGAAUUGAAAAAGCACAGUCAUUUCCUUCUGUUUCAAAGACUUUUAGGAUGGAAGGUAAAUUACACAUUUUCUCUGUAAUUUUUCGCUACAAAGGUAUUUACAACACUGGCUUCAUGAAUAUACAUUAUUCAUAGUUAUUGCAUGAACAAAACUGUAGAUGGAGUCAAGAAAUACACAACAAUCUGCUUGAGUAAUCUAAAGUAAGGAACAUAGUCAUAUUCAUAUAGAAGGUCAGAAGCAAAUUAGAAAAAAAAAGAUGUGAAUCACAGAAAGGAACACCUAAGCCAGAUAAGACAGAAGUAAUUAUAAUGUGGUGGAUUAAAUGCAUGUCUCAAAGAGCUUAGUGCUCUGCUAUUUUUGAGGUCAGCCAUGGGAACUGAUGAAAAGAAAGCUAUGCAUUGUUCUUUCACAUCUUCCUCUUCUGCUCCUCCACAUCAAAUUUCAUCCGCAUAUACUACAGUGAAAAAUUUCUUCAACAUGUCACAAGCAAUCCUUCUUUCUUCCCACAUUGGAAAGAAGGGCCUAUAGGUAAUUUGAAGGUAAAUGAGGGCAAGAUAUAAGUCUGCACUUCCAAAGAGCAGUGGUAGUCAACAUGGUGUCCUCCAGAUGAAGUUGGACUACAGUUCCCAUCAUCUCUGAUCAUUGACCAUGGCCAUCUGUCAUGGAUACUUUAGGUGAAAUUCCUGCAUUGUAGGGGGUUGGACUAGAUGAAUCUUGGGGUUCCUUCCAACGGUAAGAUCUAUGAUUCUAUGACUGACCAUGUUGGCUAGGGCUGAUGGGAUCUGGAAUCCAAACAUGUCUAGAGGGCCAUAGAUUCCCCAUCUCUGAUGUACCAAACCUUAUUGCCCCGGCCCUCAUUGCUAGACAAGGGACUUGAACUCUCAAUGCAGUUUGUGCCAAAGUCUUUAAAGACAAGGCACAGGUUACAAGAUUUAGCAGAUGUAAAGGAGGUACACAUACAUGGCUCUUGCAAGCUAGGACAUGGGUCCAGCAAGCAACAUGCCCCUGCACCUUCCUUUUGAAGAGACAGAUGGGCACAGAACUUAGCAUGGCAAGUGAUCAGAGUCUCAGGACUAGGCACACAAAUGGGCACUCCCCAUGUGUUUUUGGGCACCGCAACAUGUGUUUUUGAGCACUGCAAUCUCGCACAAGACAAUGUCCAGCUGUGAUCUCAUGCAUUUUUGGGUGCCAUGCUCUUGCAUGAGAGCAUGUCCCCCCGCCCCCAAAUGGGAAGUCUUGGGACAGUUGAUGGGUAUGUGCGGACCAUCAAUUGGGAACCACUGCUCUAAGUCAUUAUUUUGUGGAUACAUUUGCUGUAUUGAAAGAUGUACAGAAACACUGUUGUAAAGAAGGGCAGUCGAGAAUUUUUGUCUGCAGUCCUCAAAAAGAUACUGGCUAUUUGCUUUCCUAGAUAAAGCUUUGGAAGAUUGCAGCCUUCUACCCUGGCUUCAGACACCUCAAUUGGUGUCUCUACCUGCAGGAUCAGUGUUAUGCAACCUUUGCCAACCUGGCUGGGGCUGAUGCUGGGCUUGCUUUUGGGGGUGGGGGUGGGGGAAUUGUAGUCAAAAAUAUUUGGAGGAAACCAGACUGAUGAAAUUACAUUCUAUCCUCAGCAUUUUUAUUUGCGUUUUUUAUUAAUAUUGUUAAUGGAUGAUGAUAAAAAUAAAGUUUUAUUCACUAGGAACUACAGAAGAAGACUUGAUUUUGAGACCUGUGACUGAAAUCCGUAUCCUUUUAUGCACUACAAUUAUGUAAAAGUAACUUCUUGGUUGUAUAUUAUGUAAACUAUAAUGUUUUUAAAUAUGCUUUAAGAAUCUAGAAAGUAAUCAUGUGGCUGGGGGACACUGUAAAGGUAAAGGUAAAAAAAGAAAUAUAAUUGAGGAAACUUAUGAUUGUAGUAAUGGCCAUGGUGCAUUGAAUGAACAAUUAACAUAUUCACAUUGUCUUAAGCAACUAGAGUAUGAGUAUGCAGUUUAGUGGACCAGCUGCAUAAUGCUACCAUAGCAGGCUCCAGUAGCACAACCAUCAUAGCACAACCAUUAUUUGGGUUUUCCCAAUAAUGAAUAAUGCUUAGGGUUGAUUAGUAAAUCAAUAUUUUGCAUAUGUUUUAAUUUUUAUUUCAUUCCACCCCAUAUCGUUUUUUUCUUUGAUUUUUUUUUACAUUUCUCCCCAGCUCCAACCUUGUUAGAAAUUUUCUAUGUAGUUGAAGAACUGCUAUUCCUCCAUUUAAUCAUUUUCCAAACAAAUGUUUAAAAGUGGGAAGUUUUAUUUAAGUCUGUAUAAAGUACUUCAUUGUGAAAGAUGUAUCCAUUCCUAACUAAAUUGUUUGACUCCUUAAUAUGACUUUAAGCUGCCCAGUUUAGAAAUAUUUUCAAAGAAUUCCCUUAUUUUAAUUACAUUCAAUCCAAGGCUCUGGAUGAUGUAAGUAUGGAUUAGUUUUAACUAUGCAGGUUUCAUAAUUAUUUUUACACUUACGGCCAUGCAUAAGGAAAUACCCACUGCUGAUUUCAUAAAAGUAGUUCCUGUGACCCGCCAAGAUUAAUGGAGCUUGCCAUCAAGUUUGGCAGUCUACUAGGGCAGGGCAGGGAUCUGGUUCCAACCAGAGGACUGGAUCCAAAAGUACCGUAACUUGGGGAAAGUUAUCUGCCUAUAAAAUCACCUGACACACCAUAUGACUCCAACUUCAGUUUGUGACUGCAAUGGAACGUUAUAGCCAUGGCUUCAACUACAGUGGAGAAAUCUUCCUUUGCUUGCAGGCAAAGAAACAGUUUGGUGUUCACCUAGAGUGUGCCUUCUCCAUUUGUCCUUUGUGGCAGCCAUACCUUGAAUUUUCCUGCACCUGGAGUGGCUUAGGAAAAAUGACUUGGCAGACUAACCUCUGAGGUCUGGUACGCCUAAGUAGCUCAGCAGACCAGAGGUUCCCCACAACCAGUGGUGACUGAUACCCACUGGGACACACAUAUGGCAGAAGGCAGGAAGGCCAAUAAUAGGCAGAGCUAAUGACAAGUGGAGCCAAGUAAUUCUAGUUUUGACUCAUUCUCCUCCCUGCUGAGGAGGGCAACCCUGAGACCGAGGCAGAAGCUGCCACAGGCAGUGCUACCCCCAGACCAAUUUUAAGUUGGAAAAUAGGCAGGUAGGGACCUACUAAAGGCAGGCUGAGAUUUGUGGGGCCCUAAUGGACGAGCCUCCACUGCUCACCACUUCCUAAGGGCUCGAUGAACGUCUUGUUCUUGCUGCUUGCCUUGGACCCUAGGGAAAAAAGAGAAUAUUUGCUCAGUUGCCGGAUUUUUUCCCUAGGGUCCAAGGCAAGCAGCAAGAACAAAUACAACAUAAACUCUCAUGGCUGCAGUCCUGUGCAGUUUUAUCUGGGAUAAAGGGAUCCCUGACCAUUAGGUCCAGUCACGACCGACUCUGGGGUUGCGGCUCUCAUCUCGCUUUAUUGGCCGAGGGAGCUGGCGUACAGCUUCCGGGUCAUGUGGCCAGCAUGACUAAGCUGCUUCUGGUGAACCAGAGCAGCGCACGGAAACGCCGUUUACCUUCCCGCCGGAGCGGUACCUAUUUAUCUACUUGCACUUUGACGUGCUUUCAAACUGCUAGGUUGGCAGGGUUAGAUGCAUAGGGUUAGAUUGCACAAUGGCAAUCCUGUGCACACUUAAAUUGGGAGAAAGCUUCACCGAACACAGUGGGAGUUAAUUUCUGAAUAAAUAUGUGUAUGAUUGCACUGCAAGAUAAAACAAAGUGCCAAAAGAACAUUAUAAAUGAUGGCAUUUGUUGAGCAUGCUGUGACCACAUUACUUAACUAAAAUAUGUAGGACUGCAGUUUCAAAAUCUCUGCAGUGUUCUUAAUUUAGGCGAUAACUAAAGCAUUAACUAGAACGGGGUUACUAUAAAGCAGGUAUGGGGAAUCCAUUGCCUUCCAUAUGUUGUUGGACUACAACCCACAUCACCCGUGGCCCCUGGGGCUGAUGGGAAUUGUAGUUUUCUGGAGGGCCACAGGUUUCCCAUCCCUGACAUACAGUAGAGCAAACCUUUUAAAGCUUUUGGCCUUAUUCUGGUAACAAAGUAGUAAAUAAAUAGGUUUAUUCUUUAUAACAUUAGAACUUUGCACAAGUGGCUGCUUAAGCUACAUAUAAUUUAUGGAAAAAACAGAUCAUUAAGGGAUGAUUUGUUCUGAAAUUGAUGCUGAAGGACAAAUCUUACUGUGUAUUUUUAAUGAUAGACCACUGUCAAGGCCUAUCAUCUUCUAUGUGCAUGGCUCCCUCCUGAGACUUGAAAAUGGGUUUUGUGUUAGCAAGUCUACAGCAGGCUUUGCUACAUAAUGGCCCUAGCUGUGCCAUAUAUUCUUCAUAAUUGCUCAGCGGCAGAUCGCAAGGAAAAACUAUUGCUUCCACUUUAUCUUUUUUGUCCUUGUAUUUGAUGCAUAAAAAGGUAGUCUUUAAAAAAAUUGAACUUAGCUGUUACGGCAUGUUGAAUUCUUCAACUUUCAAAUUCCAAAGUUGUAACAUGACCUGGGAAUUCAAAAGACAUCUUGGUUAAAUUAAUAUAAUAUAGUUUUGCUAGGCAAGUAAAAUAUGUGUAAACUUGUAUAGAAAUAAUUAAAAAUGAUUGCCAAGUACUUGCAAUACUAUUUAUUUAUCUAGCAUUACCUGAUAUUUUCAGAAGGUAAAUUUGAAAUUUGUUUCAUUUUCUGAAAGCAGAUUAUAUGCUUUGACGUCGACAUACCACACUAAACGUUGUCCAAUAGCAAAAAUAAUAGCAGAUUAGAAUUCCUUAUACCCCCAAACCUAUUUUUUAAAAAAUAUAUAAUAUUUAUUAAUUUUCCAACAAUUUAAACACAACACUACAAAAGAAAAAGCAUAAAAAAUAAGACAAUGCAAUACAAUACAAAAACACUACAAAACACUAACACAUAAAACUAAUAAAACAAAAACAAAACCCAUUUAAAACACAUCAAACCAUUUCAUUAUCUUAUCUUUCAUUCCCUUCUUUCCACGACCUCCUCACACCUCCCUUUUUGUAUUCCACUUCUGUUAAUUGUUUCAGCAAUUCCUUUCCAUCUUCCUCUGUUUUCUAUCCUAUAAUUAUCUUAACACAUUCUAACCUUAUUUUCCCUUUAAUACUCUAUUAAUCUACUUAAUUCCUUAUAACAUUUCUACUAAAGCCAUAUAACUUCAUUCCAACAUUUUUCUAACAUUCAUUGAUUUUACAGUAUUUCUGUAAAUAAUCUUUAAACUUUUUCCAGUCUUCUUCCACCGAUUCUUCUCCCUGGUCUCGGAUUCUGCCAGUCAUUUCCACCAUUUCCAUAUAGUCCAUCAACUUCAUCUGCCAUUCUUCCCGGGUGGGUAAAUCUUGUGUUUUCCAAUACUUCGCAAUAAGUAUUCUUGCUGCUGUUGUUGCAUACAUAAAAAAAGUUCUAUCCUUCUUUGGCACCAAUUGGCCGACCAUGCCCAGGAGAAAGGCCUCUGGUUUCUUCAGGAAGGUAUAUUUAAAUACCUUUUUCAUUUCAUUAUAAAUCAUCUCCCAGAAUGUCUUAAUCCUUGGGCAUGUCCACCAAAGGUGAAAGAAUGUGCCUUCACCCCCCAAACCUAUUUUAAACACCCCUCAUUGAAUAAAUUUUCAGAAAUUAAGUUUUACCCCAUAAAAUGACAUGCCUUAAUGACUAUAUCAUUCAUGAUUUGAGUAUGUGUGCAUCAAUACAUUAAUAAAUAGUUGAUUGUGUGCAAAUUAUUCCAAACCUACUUGUCAAAAUAUAUGCACCUGAUUUUGUGCUCCACUUACUAUUAGUUGUUCUUUUUUAGCUCCUUUACACAGAUAGAAAUUUUGUGAUCUGUGCGCCCACCGGUUCUGGAAAAACUGUGAUAUUUGAGCUUGCAAUUAUCAGGUUAUUAAUCAAAGUGCAAAUGCCUUGGUUAAAUAUUAAAGUUGUAUAUGGUAAGUAUGCCAUAUGCUUAAGUUAAUAAUUAUUAAUUAUCAAGAAAAAAUGAUAACAUUAUUUUGAUAUUUACGCAUGAUCGUUUUGUUGAUGAAUAUGGACACAUGUCCAAACAAAGUUUGUCACAUUGCUAAACAUGGUUUAUUUUUUAAUCUACACGACAGUUGUUGAAGUUGUUAUUUUAGCCAUCCUUCCAAACUGGAAUUCCUAAAUGUUCAUCUGAUGUCAAGACAACGAUAUGGUCCUAACAGGCAAAGGCAUUGCAGGCAUAGUUGGAGGCAGGUCACUGCCCAAGUUUCUGAGAAGGCAGGAAUCUAUGAUGGCAGAGGUGUAAUUAGGACUGGGCAAGCAGUUCUGUCCUAGGGAAGACAGAGGGCAAAGCAGGGCAAAAGCAAGGAAAUGCAGUAGGAAUCCGCUGCUACUACUCAUAGUGACAAGUUGCUGUGCCAAACUCUGAGAUCAGAGCUGCCUUAUAGCUGACAAUUUCCAUAGUCUAGGUGGCAGCCUUGUAUUGUAUUCAGCCAGGUUUGCAGCAGAGUGAGGUCAGUAAUGCAGGAGGUAAAGUACCAGGCUUUGUUGGAUGCCCAGGUUCAAAACACUACCCCAGUACCUUUAAGCCCUGCAUCUGUUUAUGAAACACAGGUUCCCCAGUAUAACAUGUAGUUAUGCCUUCAGAAAGUAAAGACAAGCCCAUUUCAUUUAUUUAUUUAUUGCAUUUAAAUCACACCCUUCUCUCUAUCCAAAGGAAUGAAACAUACUGAUUCUAACAGUUUGUAAUAAUAUUGUUAUACCCCACCCCAAUCUCCACGAGCGGUGAGAGAUUCUAGAAAAGUUCCAGGUGUUUACCCAGGGUCUUUGUUUCUUUUUGGGCAUUGAGGUACAGCAGAGACUGUGGUGUCUUUAUUAUAUGUGGUUUAUUUACAGAUAUAUACAACCUGAGUCAGAUGGUGGGAAAUCCCAGCAUUAAACUGAUACAGAGGAUCCCUUACCUUUCCCAUGGGCACCGCAGGCUGGGAUCUAAAGACAGAGAGAUCUUCCAUGCUCCCUCUCUUUGUUACAGUCGGCCACUUUCAGCCCAUAUCACAUUCUGCCCCACUCCUUCCUCCUUGUCACUGCUAACCCAGUUAAACUAUUUCCCUCCAGCCUAUGUCAUCCAAACCUGAAAUCCUAAACCCUUCUUGUCUCUUGGAGGGCCCCCCCCAUUGUCUAGUACCUCAGUGCCUUCUUAAUGGCUUCCUUGAUGGGUCAAUGACAGCCAAUCACCAGCCUUUGUUCCUCCAAUGGCCCACAUUCAGCUAGCUCUGCCAAGCUGACCUGCCUCGGUAGCAUAAGCUUAACCCAGAGAGCUUUCCAUGUUUGGCAUAGUUUAGUCAAAUCCUGAAUUAUGGGAGACUUACAUCCACAAACUCUGGCACCCGGAAACUAUAACAUUAUAAAUGCUUUUGUUGCCCCCUGGAGUUUUAUCUACCUAUACUGGACACAGUUAAGGUUGAAAGCUAUUUAGAAGUGUUGGAUUUAUAAUAAAAUUAAUAUGACUCACCCAUAUGCUGUUGCUUACAUAAGUAAAAUUGCAAUUUUCAAAAUCUAUGGGGGGUGGAUUCAUCUAGUUCUAGGACCAGCUCAAAUAGGUACAGGAAUGAAUAAAGAUCUUGACUUGUCGGAAAAGAGGGGGAAGGAUGGGGAGAGUUAGUUUCACUCAGAAAUCUUAUCAGUGUAGGCAAUGUGUUUGGCGACCUGUUUAUUCAUGUCUUCUAUUCUCCAACUACUCUGUAUUGUUUUUAGUGGCUCCAAUAAAAGCUCUCUGCAGUCAGCGUUUUGAUGACUGGAAAGAAAAAUUUGGACCCAUUGGACUCGUCUGUAAGGAACUAACAGGAGAUACGGCAAUGGAUGACUUGUUUGAAAUACAACAUGCUCACAUUAUUUUGACUACACCAGUAGGUUCCACAGUCCAAUUAAUUGCAUUUGAUUUUUUUUUUAAUGAAGAUACUUAACUAGACAUAAAAAAAUAUUUCGUAUGCAUGCUGUUGUUUGUGUGUAAACAUUUUCCAUCAGUUUCUGAUGCUAGGAAAUGACUGGAAAACUUCAAAAUCCCUUGAAAAAAAUAUUUUAGCUUUAUCAAGCAAUUUGAUUAAUUUAUAGUUUAUCAAAAUGUAUUAUGUUUGUUUUGUGUGGCAUUGUAUGAGAAACCUUUAUUCCUAUGCCAAAUUUCAUGUGCUCUGAUAGUAUCAUUUAAACAAUAAUUCAUUUUAAAAACUUAGGAAGGAGAAUUAAAUUGCAUACUUUAUUGGAUUACGGUAAAAGAUUUACUGCUUGGGGGUUUGAUCUACACCAUUUCUAACAUAAAAAUGUCCUUAGCUUGGAACAAGGACCUACCAGAGUAGUCUUUUACUUCAGCAUUGAAUAGAUUGAUAAUAGCAUUCUUUUCAUAAGAAUAGCAAUAUACAUCACCAAAUACUAUUCUCAGAAAAUCUCAUUAAAAGUUAACGGAGGAAUGAUAGUGGAGGACUGCACCAUUAAUAUGAAUAAUAAUAAUUAUUAUUUUGUUUGUUUUUCUACUAGGAAAAAUGGGAUAGCAUGACUAGAAAGUGGCGAGAUAACUCUUUAGUUCAACUAGUGAGAUUGAUCCUCAUUGAUGAGGUAAAGUAAUAACAAGUUUUUUUAAAAUGCAAGUGAUUGAAAGCAGGGCAUUGUACUUCAUAUACAAUUGUGUUUAACUCAAUAGGUACAUAUUGUGAAAGAUGAGAGCCGUGGUGCUACUCUUGAAGUUGUUGUCAGUCGGAUGAAAACUAUUCAGUCUUCUCUUUCACGUGGCUUCGAGAAUCCUGACGCAGUACUUCUCAUGAGGUUUGUGGCAGUUUCUGCCACAAUCCCAAAUGCAGAUGAUGUAAGCAAAGUUAAUAGCAUUUUAUUUCUAGAAUUCAAAAUGCUGAGGUGUUUUCCCCCAUUCAGCUACACACAUACACACACAGUACAAAAUGAGAUAAGUACCGUCAUUUGUCCACCGACCCACAACAAACAUGAAUAAGCUAGGAUUGCCAUAUUUCAAAAAGUAAAAACCAGGACACUCUGAAAGUUGUUGAGCUUUCCCCCCUCAGAAUCUAUUGAUUGCUCACACCUCAAUGCUAGAAUACAUACCUUGCAUUCUGCUGGACUUAGUUUCAAUCCCUGGCAUUUCCAGUUAAAGUAGGGAUGGGGAAGCUGUGACACUUUUCUUGUUUUGGACUACAAUUCCCAUCAGUCUGGGAUAUGUUCAUGAAAUAUACCCCCCCCCCCCCGGCACAAUGCAGUACUAGGCAAUGCUGAGUACAUAGCAUCCCGCCUUUGAUCAUAACGUAUAACAAGCCCUCUCUCACAGAGGGAAAUGUCUGCCCUAUCCACAGGAACCCUUUGUCAGUAUUAUGUGGUCUAAAGUACAGUAAAAUUCUAUGGCAAUUAUAUUCAUAACAGAGAAGAGCACAUUGAAUAACCAACACAGUAUUUGUGUCAGUAGAACUUCCAUGACUUAAACAGCUCUGCUUGAGCAAGUACGUUCAGGAUUUCAGCCCAAGGCAUUAUUUUCCAGCUUCAAGCCUAACAUGCUCUCUUUUCUCUUUAAAGAUUGCAGAAUGGCUUUCAGAUGGCAAGGGGCCUGCUGUAUGUCUGAAAAUAGAUGAAAGACACCGACCAGUGAAGCUUCGCAAAAUCGUGCUUGGAUUCCCCUCCAGUAGCAACCAAACGGAAUUCAAAUUUGACUUAACACUUAACUACAAAGUAGCUAGUGUUAUUCAAACGUAUUCUGAACAAAAGCCAACCCUUGUGGUAUAUAUUGUGCCUUUCCCUUGUGAUUGUAAUGUUCUCGUGUAUAUUCUAGCAUUAUUAGUACAAACAAUGGGUUUUCAUGGGUUUUUUUAUUUACAGUUCUGUGCCACAAGGAAAGGAGUACAGCAGGCGGCUUCUGUCCUAGCAAAAGAUGCAAAAUUUAUUAUGAGUCUUGAACAGAAACAAAGGUACCUUUUUAUAAGACAAGCUUGCUUUUAAUAUCUAUCUCUUUGUAUUCAAUGACAUAUGUAGCAAAGUUGUGGAAAUCUAUCCAAUUUAUAAUGAUAUGUUUAUAAAAUCAGUAGCCCCAAGGCUUGUAGCUUAUAGUCUCUUAUGGUGACGAGAUAACAAAACCUACCCCAAUAUGCCAUUUGUCACUAAAAGUGACUUUGCUAAGGAUACUUUUCAUUUAUCAUGUGUUUCAAGUGGCUGUUUGGAGAAUAUGAGUACAUAUGUGUACAGUAAAGCAUGCGCUUACCAUUGAUGUUUGCUCUAGGCAGUUUUCCCUUGAAUAUCUGGAGUAGAUUGUUCAUCUAUGAUCUGCAUAGGGCAGUGUCCAUAUGAAUCUCUUGGCAUACCCAUGACAGGGAUGUAGAUACCAAGUACAGUUUUUGCCCAGUCGCCACAAAAUUGUCCUAUAGAUGCCCUGUAAAAGUCCACAUCAAUAAACUGAAGGCUGUUAUUCUGAUCAGAAAACUGUGUUCUGUAAAACCACCAUUUUUGCUCCCUUACCCCAUUUUUGCUCCCUUACCCCAUUUCACCUAACUUUUGUGCAUUGAAUGUUUAUGCAGCCUGAGACUGGAAAUCUGUCUGGAUUUCAGUGUGAAAGCAAAUACAGCCUACAGGUAGGGCAGGACAGAUUUCUAGACAUCCCAGUUUAUGACACACGUGUACAUCUAGAUGUGUCUCUGCUUCUAGCACAAUUCCAAAUCCAGGAACGAAAUCUGGGCACAGAAGACAUGUGAAUAUUUGUUUUAUAAAGUAUUUUAGGCAGCACCUAAAAAAAACAAACCUGGGUGAUAGACCUGGCAUUGCAAUGAUACAAGAUCUGACAUUUAUUAUUAUUAAAUUGGUUGGUUGCUUUAUCUUGCCCAAAGCAACUUACAACCAACCAACCAACCAACUGUAGGGAUCUGUAUGUUCAACUUCCUUCUCAGCCAUAAUGUGGGGCCCUGGGUAUGCCACCAUCUUUUAGCCUCCGCUGCUUAUAGGGUUGUCAUCAGGAUAAAUUAAGCCACCCAGCCCUGCCAACUGGAGCUCCUUGAGAGAAGAGUGGUAGUAAAGAUAGCUGAAAACUAAGCUGGAAUAUAUUUGGCAGGGGAAAUGUUAUAACUCUCAGAUUAGCCUUUGAUAUAGAGCAGCCCCAAUGCUGGCUGAAACUUAGUAGGAAGUUGAAGAUUCUCGCAUGAAGAAUUAUGAUGCAUCUUUAUUGAAGCAGGUGUACUGACAACACAUCAGGUAUUAGACUGCUGUAAUCUAUUUUGACUUGAAGCCUAAUUUCUAACAAAGGUUUUCCUAGAUGUAUAUCCCUUCUGGAAAGCAAAAACGUAUUCGCUGGCCCUUGCAAUAAGGACGGGCAGGCAAAAGAAGAAGAUGUCGCUGCUUGAGAAGAGAUAUGAGGCAGUAAAAACAAGAGGAAAAAUCAUACUCCUUCACUGUCCUGAAUAUCUGAAUGGGAUAGUUUGUUCUUCAUGUAUGAUGAAGUCCAGUAGCAUAAGACAGUUUUAUAAACAGAGCUAUUCUGGAUAUUGUUACUUGGGCCAUAGAAAAUUCUGAGUCCACAAUCCAGUGUUCCCUGCCCCCCCCCCCAUUUGAUACUUGAACUUUCCUAGGGAUAAUUUUUAUGUUUUGAUAUUUCACAAAAUUCAGUUCAAAGGGUUUAAAUAAUGGUAUAGAUCAUUACUCAAGCAAGAAAUAUGUGCAAUUGCUAUCGAUGGUUUUUGCAUGGUGUUUUAUUUAUUUUUAAUUCUGAUACACACACUCUCUGUUUCAGAUUACAAAAGUCUGCAAAUUCAGUAAAAGAAGCCAGACUGAGGGGUAUGCAGUGUAUACUAAUUGCAGAAAAGUUAAUGUAUUUGUCCCAAGAUGUUCUGGUAAUGUUCUGGGUCUAAUUUUCAUUUAUAGAUCUCUUGACCUAUGGAGUAGCUUAUCAUCAUGCUGGAAUAGAGGCAUCUGAUAGAAAAAUCAUUGAAGCAACUUUCAAUAUGGGAGUCUUGCCAGUUCUUUGUGAGUACAAAGCAUAUGAGAACAAACAGUGUAGAAACCAUAUUGCAGUAAGAGGGAUGGGGUUGCAAAAACCCAAUUUGCGACCAUUUCAACAAUAAUGUUUACAGAAAUAAUACUAGUUUGAGAAAUAGUUGAUAAAAGUGAACAGUUCCAUGGAGUCUGGUGAAUCUGCAUUUUUAAAUGUGUGUUGGUGGCCAUCUCCACAUCUUGCAGAAACAAAAUUUAAAAACUCCUUCAUUUUGCCCAUCCUAAGCUGCCACUACUCUGUGCUUGGGUGACCCUGAAUUGUAAUAUUUAGGGAAGUUUCAAAUGACUGAUGUUUUAAUGUAUUUUCAAUCUUUUGUUGGAAGCCGCCCAGAGUGGCUGGGGAAACCCAGCCAGAUGGGCGGUGUAGAAAGAAAUUAUUAUUGUUGUUGUUGUUAUUAUUAUUAUUAUUAUUAUUAUUAUUAAGAAAAAUCUGUACUACUUUUUCUACACCAUGUAUAAUUUUAUGCACCUCUCUGAUGCACUCUUUACUUACCCCUUUUCUAAACCAAGAACCUUUAACUUCUGUAACCUUUCCUCUUACUGAAGCUAUUUCAACCCUCUGAUAAUUUUAGUUGCCCCUUUUCUGUAACUUUUUGAGGUCUACAAUAUCCUUUUUGAGAUGCAGUGACCAGAAACAUACACAGUAUUUCUAGUGUGGUUGCACCACAGACAUCACAGAACUUUCAGAACGAUAUGGGUGGGGACUCAAAGGAAGCAUGUGACAACAACCAGUUUUUGGAUGUUCAUGUGUAAUGAGAGAGAGAGAGAUAUGAAUGGAUCGUAUACUGGGAAUAGUCAGAACACUACAGAAUUGUACUUCAUGUCUGUUGCUUUAUGAAACAUCCAAAUUCUUUGAAAAACAUUUAAAUGUUUGCAGUUACUACAAGUACACUUGCUAUGGGUGUAAAUUUACCAGCUCACCUGGUAGUUAUAAAAUCAACAAUGCAUUAUGUUGGAGGAAUGUUUCAGGAAUACAGUGAAACGGACAUUUUGCAAAUGAUUGGGCGAGCAGGAAGACCUCAAGUAAGUUGAAUCUGUUAUUUAAAGCCAUUUUUUAUUAUAAUCGUAGCAAAAGUUGCCAUGCACUUACAGAGGCAAUGUUACAAAAAUGAUAAGUGAAAAUUUUGUAGUUAUAGUUGCUUGUGAAGUUUGCACAGUAGAGUUUAUUGCUGAAUAAUUAAUAUAGCCUUGUUUACUAGGAAAUGUAAAGUUGAUGCUACUGGCUUCAGUUUGCAAGCUGAAUUAGCUUCCAAGUUAUUUAUUUAAGAAAUAUCGACCAAAUAUCUUUUUUUUAAAAAACAACCAUCCCACAUCUACAAACAAAAUCAAACCUAAACACUCUUCUACAAAAACCAACAAUUCACAGGAUAUUUCACAUUUGAAAACAUCUAAACACGGUAUAAGUUUUAUAAACCAUUCUUGCUUUCUUUUGAUAUACUGGAUCCACAUCUAUGGGAAACAAAUGUAAGAAAUACAGAGGCAUACCUAGGAGUUGGUGAAACCAGUCCCCGCUAGUGGCACAGGCCAGCACAAAAAUCACCUAUUAGACUAUGGAGAAUACGACAUAUAUUUGUGUGGUGCUGCACAGCUGCUGUUGUGGCGAGAUCAGACGUGGGAGAAGCUUCCUGUCCUCCUUGCACUGCAGCUCAAAGGUGUAUGUGGUAAAGUGAUUUCUUAUGGGGGGGGGGAGCACCAAUACAGUUCCUUGUGCAAGGGACCCUAGGUAGUCCUCUGCGUAAACAGGGUUCUGCAGUCCUGCUCCCACCCUCCCAAAAACAUGAAAUGCAAUGAGCAAGACAGACAAAAUUAGUUGGAAAGAGGCCAGGAUCUCUUUCAUUUUCAAGGCUUUUGUUGAUAAUUUGUUGACCACCCCUACCUGUCUGGAGUCGGACUAGCCCUCUGCCUUGCAUACCGGGCUCUGGGAAGGUUGUGCGAGAGCCCUGCGACAGGCCCUUGUGCUUACUUCCCAGAGGCUAGUAAGCAAGGCAGAGGGCUUUGAAAGCAAUUUCCGCAAUGGAUUUCCUCAUCUAUCUAUCUGUCUAUCUAUCUAUCAUCUACAGUUGUACCUUGGUUUGUGAAUGUCUGAGGUCCAGCGCCAAGGGCCUUCUGGUGGUUCCCUCACUGCGAGAAGCCAAGUUACAGGGAACGCCCUCCCACCAGAUGUCAAAGAGAAAAACAACUACCAGACUUUUAGACGACAUCUGAAGGCAGCCCUGUUUAGGGAAGCUUUUCAUGUUUAACAGACCACUGUAUUUUAAUAUUUUGUUGGAAGCCGCCCAGAGUGGUUGGAGAAACCCAGCCAGAUGGGCGGGGUAUAAAUAAUACAUUAUUAUUAUUAUUAUUAUUAUUAUUAUUACGACUUGAACAUUUUGGCUCCAGAAUGCCACAAACCUGGAAAUGAGUGCUCCGGUUUGCGAAUGUUCUUUGGAACCCGAACAUCUGAUGUGACUUCUGAAUGGGUGCAGGAAGCUCCUGCAGCCAAUCGGAAGCUGCACCUUGGUUUUCGAACGUUUUCAGAAGUCGAACUGACUUCCGGAACGGAUUUUGUUUGAGAACCAAGGUAUGACUCUAUCUAUCUAUCUAUCUAUCGGCCAUACACCUAAGGUUAUGAUUGCAUAAGUAAAUUACGCAUAAGUGGUGGUCCCACUGUACAAAAGAACCAGGCAGAUAGGGAUACCCUCAUGCCCAGAAUUUUGAUCUGUCUAAAUAUUUCAGUGAUUGAACUUCACGUUAGUUGAUAGUCCUAUAUUUUUCACUGCCAUAAAAAUGUUCCAUUACUGCCUACUCGGUUUAAAGCAUUCUUCUAUAUAUAUAUUUCCUCCCCAGUUUGAUACAACAGCCACAGCAGUUAUCAUGACAAGGAUAAGUACUAGAGACAAGUAUGUUCAGAUGUUAAAUGGUGCAGAUACAAUAGAAAGCAGGUAACUUGAGCCAUUUUUCUGUAUGUUGUUGGAAUUACAGUCUAAAACACAUUUGUUUAUCUUGAAGAAAUUUAUCUGAUGGAUCAUGAGGAUAGGCCUAUGGGGAAGCUAGAAAAUCUUUAUAUUCCCAGCAUGUGGGGAAAUAGUAAUCAACAAGACAAACAAAAAUCCACACCAGCGUUUUCCUUGAUUCUUCUAUAAUAAUCUGUGUAGAACGGAAGCAAUUUUGUGUUGCAAUCCUUCAUAUGGUUAUAUGCUUCUAGGUCCCAUUUAUAUAAUUGUGUGCAGUACUGCAGUGUUUAAUUUGAAAUUAGCGAACUAGAAGAAGAAAAUAAACACAAGCACCCUUUUCUCUCUAGAAGGGCAAAGAGCAGCUUUAGAGAUGAUAGGAUAGGGAGAUUCAGAUUUGGAGAAAGAGUCUAGAUUCUGGGCCCCUUGUGCCUGCUUUUAAUUAAAAAUUAAAAUGCUGGGAGAAAAGCUGAACAGCAUGUGUAAUUUGCUUAGGUUUGCACUCCUAGAAUAAUUUCAGGUUUUUUUGUGUAAUUUCUGUUGCACUUAAAUUUUGGCAAAUCAGAAGCUUCCCAAAUUAGAAUUCACAGUAAAAAUGACAUUGUAUUAUUCACUUUGACUCAACAUAGGCAAUUUGUGUGUGGAAACAGGUUUCCACACACAGAGCUCUUUGCUGGAGCUGUACUUUGCAAGUCCAUUUGGAUGGGAAAUCCCAGCUGUUGGAGGCACGUAUAGUAUCAGACAGGGGAUCAGACCAUCCCUUAAGGGUGCAUGUGUGUUGAUAUUCUUGUACACAGCAAUGAACAUUUAACCUAAUAAGCGAAAAUUUAAUUGAGGCUUUCUUAAAACUUUCUUAUUGUAUUGUUUUACUAUUGAGAGUUCCUAGGAUUAAUUUUCAGUGAAAUGAGUGCUAUCUGAUUGGUGUCCCUCAGCUAAUGGAUGGCUCAUUGAUGUGGAAACUUGCAUUGUUGAAUUAAUGAUCGUUGGUGAUUCACACACCCCUACCCUAAAUCUGCUAUGGAAGGUUGGGUGGUGGUGGACUGUAGAGGAUGAGUGGGGGAUCGCUGAAGGUUGCCUUGGUUCUCUGUUCUGGAGCUGGUGGACUCCGCUAAAAUGAAAGAACACUGGCCUGAUCCUGCAUCUAGUCAUUUAGUCCAGCAUCUUGUUCUUAGAGUGGUCAACUAGAUGCCUAUGAAGAACCUUCCAUCAGUGAAGAGGCACCAAUUGGACGCAACCUCUCAGAAAAGAGCUUUCGAAACUGUAUGUUGCGACACAUUCAUGUGUUGGCUGCAGUGUGUAGAUGUGUUGGGCGAACGCUCCCUGCACUCCUCCCGGGGCUGGAAAGGAGUUAAGUUUAACCUCUGGUUUUUCUUGUAAAACUGAAUUACUGUAUUGUGAAAUGAUGCCUGUCUAAAAAGUGUGUCACCAAGCUGAAAAGUUUGGAAAGCUCUACCUUAGAAGCAAUAAAAGAACUAUUGGGCUGGUUAGCAACUAAUUCUUAAUAAGGAUUAUAAUUUGUACUGAGCAGGAGCUGAUGGGCCAGCAACAUUUGCUGUGCCCACUGACUCGCUCCCAUGUUAAAUAAGGCUCAAGUGGAUACCUUCUUUAAUUGCUUUUACCCAGCGUGUAAAGCAGCAGUGUUUGUGUGUUUUGUGGACUUCUUCGCUUAUACAUCUUCAGCUGCCAUCUCCCAUACUCUCAUGGAAGUGAGAAGCAGAGGUGCAUAAGGGUAAAGGAAUUUAUAGAGCCUCAACAUAAUAGAGGAGUGUGGUGAUUCCUGGAAUUGAGGGCUAUUCUAGUAGCCAGAUGGGAAGAUGGAGGUGAUGGAUUUUGCCCCCAAACCUCUAGUUGCCUAAUCUAUUUUAAGAAUGCAAUGUACUGCUUGCCACUGGAAGACUUUUAGUAUGUUUCAUUUGUAUGCAUUUGCUUUCUGGUUUUCUUAGUCUGCACACACAACUCAUUGAACACUUAAAUGCUGAAAUUGUGCUCCACACCAUCACGGAUGUGAACAUAGCUUUGGAAUGGAUACGAUCAACUUUCCUUUACAUCAGAGCUUUGAAGAAUCCAGCUCACUAUGGUUGGUUACUCUUAACGUUUUCUGGACUUCAGUGUUCAAUUAAAACAUGCUACGAUUUGGCAUAAUAAGGUCUGUUGCAAUAAAAUAGUCACAUCUUGGGAAAUAAAUUAGGUAUAUUGAGAAAUUACAGGAAAGAUUAGUGGCAUCUUCUUUUGUCUUAUAUGAGUUCUCAUUUUCAGUAGAGAUUUUGGCAAUGAAAACUUUUGAAGCCUUUUCAUGAGUUGUGCUCAAAUCCUUUCUACCUCAUUUUGUCAUAAUCACAUAUACCAGCGUCAUUGCAUUUGUCUUCCUAAUAUGCCCCCUUUUCAAGUUCUGUGCAUAUCUUAUAAUAACAGAGCCUGAAGUUCUCUUAGUGCUUUCUGAUGAAUAUCAAGACUUUAAAUUUUCUGUGUUAAUAUUUGUCUCUUCAGCUAGCUUUAUUUUAUUUUUUACUUUAUCCCUUCCCUUCCCUUCCCUUCCCUUCCCUUCCCUUCCCUUGAAAAGAGAGACUCUCCCGGUAGGCUAAUGUGCAAUGGAAGCAAAAUGGUUAGCUGCAAGAGGUCAUCUACAUAACCUGUAGCUACUGGAUGCCACAUCCAUGAGUACAGUAUUGGCUUCUGUUUGGAAGAAACUGCAGAAGCCAGUAGAUCAGAAUAUUUCUGAGAAAGCCAAAAAGGACAGAUACAGGCAUAGUGGAUGAACACCAGGGGGAUCUAGCAACAAGGCUGAAGUAGUGGAGUAAAGCAUAGAGAUACUGUGGGAUAAAUCAGCUUCAUACAACCAACAUGCUUAACUCUAAUUAAUGCAUGAAGGCGUUAAGACCAUAGAGUAAGCUAUUCUGCCAGGCUUAGCUACGUCACUCCCCCUCACCUUGGGAGGAAGGGUUAGUAAACUCUUUGUUCUCCAUUCUGCCAUGUGAACCCUACCAGUGAGGAGGUCUAAGCUGGAUGUUGUGUGACUUAAGCAAGCCAUAUUUGUGUUUCUGUACAAAUGAUUUAGAAACAUUUACCAUUUUGGAACAUAAGUUAUACUACCUGUCUUUUUUUUGCUGCUGUAUGGAAUAGCACAUGAAUAUGACCUUUGAAGAGUUUGUAAGUAAACCAUUUUUGACAUCCUAAAAACGUGGUCUCUUUCUAUGCUAGGGGAAGUGGGGAACUUUGAAAACAACUUAGAAGGGAAUUCUAACAGCCUAUAUUUCCAUGCUUUACUUUGCUUCAUGUUUUGUGAUUUCAAAUUUCUGCUGGGGCUCUCUCACCAAAGAGUACUUGUCCCGAGUCUUGAUCUAGGCAUUCAGUGAAUUUUCCUUUUAUUACACCAUAUAUUUUAUUCUUUUCCUUUUUACCGAAAACCAACAUAUACAACAUUAAAAACAAAUAAAAACAGAAAUUCACUAAUAACUGGGUGUGGUAUUAGACGUCAGGGAAAUCCUGAGCAAAAAUAUGUAUUUACAAUAUUUCUGAAGCAAUGGAUGGAUAACAUUUCAGUGUAGCAGAGGGAAAGACAUUCCACAGUGUAGAGUCAAUGGUGGAAAAUGCCUUGCAAUAUUCUGUAGGCUGCGGUUCCAUGAGUAAAAUUUCCCCAAAUGAUCAAAGUGAUCUUAUAAUCAAUACAGGGGCAACUGGUCUCAGGCAACCUAGUCUCAAGUUGUUCAGGGCUUUGUAAAAAGACUUUGAACACGGCCCAGUAGCUGAUAGAAACAUAAUGAGCACACAAAAAGGUGGUGCUGGCAUUUCACCUCCACUUGUCAGUAUGAAGUCGCAAGUCUGCUUUUAAAAGAAAUACAAUUCACAUUUAUUAACCACCGUGUGACAAAUCACUUUUGUGAAGUAGUGUGUGGCAUUUCUAGUUUUCUGUUAAAUAGACUUGUUUUUAUAGAGGAUCAAAAAAGAACAUUAAAAUUCAGAAAAACAUUUCCUAUCAAGUGAAAAGAGAUCUAUUUCCCCCCUGAAGGCAGAGUUUCUGCUUCUGCACUGAUCCUACUUGCUGUCAACACCACAGCAUAAGGCAUUCUAGGGUGUUCAGCACAGUAGGAUCUCUCUGUACAUGGAACAUCUGCUUUUCAGAGCUGUGAAAGAAAGGAAAGAAGUGGUAAACGGAAUAGUUGCUUUGUUGAAAUGCCCUUAAAUGAUAGCAGUUAGGACAUUUAGCACCUUUCUCUACAUCUGUUUUCACACUGACUUUGAUUCUUUCAAGAUACAGGUGAAGCCAUUUUAUUAGUAAAUGGGAAAACAAUCACAAUAAUAAGCUACUCCUUAAAACAAAGGUGCAUACAGUAUUUGUUAGAGCCAACAGAAUUGCAGGAUGAAGAUUUAUCCAAUUGUUUUCUUCUGAUUUAUUUAUGUAGUAAGACACUGAAGAAAUAUCAUUGGGAGGCAAUAAUACAUUCUGCAUUGGCAGAUAUUUUAAGCUAGGAAAACAAAAAAUAAGGGUUUUUCUAAGCCUUUGCUUUCAUUCUUAUUCCAGCUUCUUAUGCUGUGUGCUCAUAAAUAAUCAGUGUAUGGUAUAGUUCAUCAACACAAAAAGGACCGUUUCAGAGCUGUGACAGGAGAACAACACCCCCAAAGAAUUCUGGGAACUGUAGUUUACCCCUCCCAGAGAUACUAUUCCCAACACCCUUACAAACUACAGAAUUCUUUUGUGGGGGAGAGGGAUGUGUUUUAAAUGUACAAUACAAUGAAUAUACAACCCCAUUCAGCCUACUUAACUCCAAUUCUGGGUGCUAAUUGAAUAUUGUUAUCCCAAUUAGUAUAUAUGUUAGAUUUGAGAUUGAUUAUAUAUCUGUGUAAUAUUUUAUGCCAAAAAAAUUGGGUUUAUGUAUACAGUUUGUUCUAGCUCUUUUAUAUAUGUGAGUCUUUCAUAUAUGUGUUUUUUGCAUUGUAAAUCACUUAGAGAUGCCUCAUAGGAAGUGAUUCAUAAAUGAAAUAAACAAUAACAGCAACAAAUUUAAGAAAGCAUUAAACCAGAUUUGGGGAUUGAAUAUAUAAUUCACUAAACACUGAAUCUGUAUAAGCACCAAUACCUUUGAAUGGAGCUUAUAGAAGUCCUGGUUGAGUAGCACCCCACUUUUGGUCAAGCAAGAAUCAGCCUACUACUAAAGGAGACAGAAGAAGACAGAAGAACGUAUACAACAAACAGCACAAUAGUUCUGCACCUUAGAAACAUGAAUAACCCACUAGGCACAUCAGGGCCCACCAGACACCCCGUUAGAAUUGAAGAGCAGUCAGCCAGGCUAUGGCCUUGGAUGCAUCUUAAAUCUCAAAAACCCCUUUAUUUCUCAUGGCUGGUAGGUCCCCAUAUAUGUUCAUUAUAUAAAUAUAUUGUUUUUAGAUUUCUAGUGCAUAUAACAGCUGAGAGUUCUUACAAAUUAAAGCCAUAAUCAAAUGCAAAUGUUUCCAUUGAUGAAGGUUUUCCAACUGGAUUGGACAGAAGUGGAAUUGAAGCAAAACUGCAAGGUUAGACACUUUCCACCAUGCUUGAAAAGACCAUGCAUUUUACAUAAGUUCCUAUGUGAUCUAUUAAGCCUGUACAUCCUUUCUUCUUUAUACCAUUUAUCAGUAGCAGCUUUGUUCAAAGUUCAGGUAAUACUUGCGUAAGUUGUUAAAUAAUCUUUUCACCUGACUGACAUAUCCAUCUAGAUUCCAUUUCAGAUCUAUGGCUUUCCUCACAACAAAGUAAGAUGUAAAAUGAAAGUACAGGCAUUUUAAAAAUGGCUGAGAUAGGCAGCAGGUUACCAUGCAAGGUCUUUACCAUUUUUUAAAAAGUUUAAGCUGGACCUUGUUUGAUUUGUUAUUGUUGGCAUCCAUCUGUCUUGAGAAACAAUGGAAUGCACAUCUGAAGGUGAAGUUAAACCACUGGAGAAUCACAGUACCUGCUGUGGCUGCAGAAACCAGUAACUUGUAAUUGCUGCCUCCCACUUCUAUUGUGUGCUGCAGCACCAAAGUGACCUCUCUGGGACUCAACCCUGGGCAGUGUGUAUGGAGGUCCUGGGCUGCCCAGAAGACAAGACCCACAUCUUGGCCUCACUGAUGUGUUCCAAAGGAAUACAUCUGGCACCGGCUUGUCUACAGGAGAUGGCAGAAGGAGGCAUACAAGAUGCCAUCCAAUCAUCUUAGGGAGUCUACUCUGGAUUUAUGUAGAGUUUACUCCUUAGCCCUUCUCCCAAAGAUAUGCCUCAAGGCAGAGGAGGUUUAGGACCAGAGUUUUCCUUCUCCUAGAUGGGCUACCUUCUCAGGUUGACGAGCCCCAUCUGCCCCUCACUUCUUUCUGCAACAUGUGCAGUAAUGGCCUUCUUGACUGUUGGACCCAGUAUUAUUCUUGUCUGCUCAAUCUGCAGGAGCCUGUCUUCACAUGCAGGGGAAGUCCCUAACUCACCAAGGGUUUGAUUAAAAUAUGUUAGUUAUUGAGAGCACAGUCCAGCAACUACUACUUGCCAAUUUUAAACUUGUAUUGAUAUCAAUAGAAGACUUAAGCUUGUUUAAAUUUCAUAUCAAAUUCCAUGAGACCCAAAAGUGCUUAAUUUUAGCUGGAACGUGGCCUUAGGUACGUACCAAACUUUUUUCCCUACAUGUACUAACAAUUAUUUCUCCUACUUGAACAGAAUUAUGUUUGAAGAACUUGAAUGAUUUAUCUGCAUUUGAUUUGAUCAAGAUGGAUGAUAAACUCUAUUUCAAGCCAACAGGUAAUACUUAAAACUUACAAAAGUGAGAAGCUUAUUUUUUUUAGUGUUUAGAAUGUUUUCUGGAUAGGGCACUGCCUCUGUUAUGGCUAGGGCCCUAGAUAUUUUAGGGGUUCCUUUCCUGUCAUUCCUUACGAUUUCCAUGAUAAGAGCAGCCUCUUGCUGACACAUCUAUGUUGCAAGCGUGUACUAGAGAAAAUAGAAAAUGGCUUCAAAUCAGGUGCAUUAAGAGGUUAAGAACUGGUGCCAGUAAAUACAUGCCCAAAGGCUGUGGUUUAAAACACAUUCAGGAUUAAAUUGUCCCACUAGUGCUCAAAGUUCUUCUGAGGAUUGUGGAGUUCAGCCACAGAAUUAGUCAUUAGGCAGCAAAGAAUGUGAAAGCUGCAAUAAUGCCCAUAUUGGUUCCCAAGAUAGACAUGGUCAUUAGGCCAGACCAGACAGAACUGUUGAUACUGCUGAAGUACAUUGUUGGGAGAAGUGUCCCUCUGCCACUUUAUGCUAAUUUGAGAGCAUGGAAAGCUUUUAUGUCAGUUCAGUGAUUUCAUAGUUGUAAAUGGGAACAAAUUUUCCCUUUAAUAUUAAUACUUGAAAUUCUGUUAUCGGAGCAAGCCACAGUACUGUUGUUAAAUCUGCUUAAUGAUGUGUUGUCUCCGCUCUCUAAAGGUGAGUAAUUAAAAACUGGUAAGUCUGCUCAGGGUUAUGAUAUGCAGGGAGAAAAAUGGAUGGAACACUACACCUGACUCACCAGAGUGCUAAGUGCUUUAUAUUUCUUUUCCUACAGAAACUGGACGACUAAUGGCUUGGUAUUAUAUUGCAUUUGACACCAUGAAAAAGUGUUUUACGAUUCAUGGAAACGAGACUUUACAAGAACUGGUAAUUUUGUUACACAAAUGAAAUAUGAAUAUCGUGAGCAGAAGGAGGAAAGGGUUUGUUGCUGUUUUGUUAGCUCUUGCGCAAGCUGGUGGAAGGCAUCUUGUAGUGUAGCAUCACAUUGUACCAGGCAUACUAGAUGAGGAGGGCAGGGAUGACUGGGACUUAUAGUUGCUGAGCGGACCUGAGUGAAGCCUGACUCCCACAGGUCCGUUUGUUGAGCCAUGCCCCCCUAAGGCUGCUGCGGAUUGGCUCUUUUGAAUCAGUGGAUUUGGCGGGAACCCGUGAGCCUCCACGGUGGCCGAGGGGGACGUACUGCGCUCAAAGUAGCACAUUGCAUCCAAGCAGCAAGGGAAGCGCUGCGUCGGGCCGCAACCACCGCUCACCGAGGAGGUACGCUAAGUGACCGUUCUGAAAUCAGGCGAGACUUUCUACUAGCAGAAGGGCACUUUUGGAUCCCAGCUGUUCCAUAUAAUCCCAUUUUAAAUUUAUACUUUACAUAGUCAUGAAGACUUAAAUCCCAUGGCUAAGCCUGAAUCCAACCCUGUUGUGUUCCAUUAGGAAUAGCGUUACAGUGGUACCUCGGGUUAAGAACUUAAUUUGUUCCGGAGGUCCGUUCUUAACCUGAAACUGUUCUUAACCUGAGGUACCACUUUAGCUAAUGGGGCCUCCCACUGCCGCCGCUGCGCAAUUUCUGUUCUCAUCCUGAAGCAAAGUUCUUAACCCAAGGUACUAUUUCUGGGUUAGCAACGUCUGUAACCCUAAGCGUCCAUAACCUGAAGCAUCUGUAACCUGAGGUACCACUGUACCUGUUUUAGAAUUUCUUUUAUCUGUUUUUGUAAUGGUAGAUUAAAUAGCUAUAACCCAGCCUGGGACCUUAUGGUGAAAUGUGGUGAAAGGUGGUUAAGAAAUCUUACUAAUUAAUUAAUUAAUUAAUUAGUCCAUUCAUAUUACCACAGUAUAUUUUAUAAAAAGUUCCUCCCACCAUUUGCCAGACUUCGUAAAUCAGAUAUUGCAACACUUCCCAAUUAAACUUCUUAAAAUAAUCAUUUUACAUUAGUUUUGGAGUGGGUACAAUCCCCCCCCCCAUCUAUCUCAUUCUGACUUAAUUUAUUUUUCAUUGCUUGUUUACACUGAUGUUGUUCUGGCCUAGCCACUGAUCACUCCUUGUAGUCUGUCCUGUAUAUGCUAGAAAUAUAUUGUAAAGGGCUGAUUUCCUAACCAGCGACUCAGCUACAUUAGCAAAGAAACAGCGAUUUGAAUGCAUUAUAAACAUGCAACACCAGCUGGUGCAAGAGAGCAGGAAAUUAUUGUAUGUGAUUUUCCAUAAGGUUUUUUCCCCUUUGCUAUAACGAUUUAAUUUCUGACUUAUUUAUAGUGGUUUUUUCCCCUGUGUGUAGAUCCAUCCCAGGUUUCAUACACAUGAACAAUAUACGGUUUACACACUGUGGUUUGCAUUUAGCUGUACAAUUGAACAUUGAACACAAUAAUUUAAUCCUGGUUUGCAAUCCUAGUUUUCAGGGCAACCCCAAUCAUACUUUUCUGGUUUGAUUGUGCUAGCAGUCCUGAAAGGCCUUAUGAGGUAUCAAAAGUAAUACUGCUGUGCUUAAAAUAUAAUUUAAAUGUUUAGAAAAGGCCAAGAUGGGAGAAUUUUGAAUAAAUGAAAGAAACUAUUGCAGGUCACAUUGAUCUCCAGCUGCAAUGAAUUUUCAGACAUCAAGUUAAGAACAAAUGAGAAAAAAAUACUGAAUACUUUGAAUAAAGACAAGAACAGGAUAAGCAUAAGGUACAAGGUGAUAUGUUCAAAAAAUAAAGUUUAAUUUUGAUUAUAGACCACUGUUGCUGUCCUGCACACAGUUACAUAGGUUUAAAAUCACAAUUUCAAAUACUACUAAUUCCAGUUGCCACAGGAGAUGUAAGAAGAAACUACAUGUGGUCAACAUUUGGCUGGGUGUAGCAACUACUUGUUCUGACAGGUAUUACAAUCCACUUGAGAGCACCAUGCCAACACCCUUCCUUUGCUGCUACCCCUCACUCAUUCUUCAAAGAAAUGACAAAACAAGGGAAUUCGCAAUUCUUUGUUUCCCCCUCAUGGUGCAAGAAGAACCUUAGUGCAUGCUGGAGCGUCAACUGGUGUGGCGGGGGGAGACACACUGAAAGAACUGGACUCAGGCUGUGUGACUGCUUUUAGUUAGCACUUGUCCAAACCGACAGUUGCUACAUCUAAUCAACUUUUCUGCCCAUGUGUAGGUUCUUCUUAGGUCUAGUGUAUGAACUGUGUCUUAAGUUAUUCUGAUUUCAGCAGAACUUCGUUUACGUGUACUUAAAACUGGCUUCUGCAAUUAGUGGCACAAUGUCAAAUGCAGUCCCGGCAAAGUGGCCUGUCAGGUGCUUGAUCAUCCCAUUGUUUGCUCCAGGUAAGCAGCAAUACCAGGAGCAUUAUAGACCCAUUUAUGGCUGGUGGGCUGCAUUUGGCUUUGUGGAUCUCUUAAUUCUUCAGGCCUUGUGUAGGUCACUAACUAAAACAAUCAUGUAUAUAUCAUUGCAUGUGAUCAUUCUAGAUGUACAUUGCUGAUAGUUCCUACAGGCUAGACAGUGUGUCACAUUUGAAGCCAUUGUUUGUCAUUGGACCAUUAAGAUGGGAGUAAGGUCCCAGUCUUAUGGAAGAAAAAGUGAUAUGUUGUGUUUCAUAUACAGAUAUCCAAUGGAAGGAAAGAUAAAAACAAGAGAAAUGAAAGUGAAUUGGUAAGCAUUUAGGCUCUCCUAUUUUAAAAGAGAAAUAGAGCAGCCACUCGCUGCUACUUAAGACAAUGAUAAAAUUCUAGGUCAGUUAUUCCUGAAGAAUCACUUCUUUUUUAUAUAUAAUAAUUUUCAUUAAAUUUUCAAUUUUACAGUUUCAAAUAAACAUUUUGCAAACUUUAAAAUAUCUAAUCGCUUCCCCUUUUCACUAUCCAUGGUUCAUUUUACAUAUUGUACAUACCUGCAUAUUUUACUAUAACCAUUUCAAUCAGUUUUCCCCUUUUACAUCCAUCAAAAAUUAUUUACUCCUUUGAAUUUACCUUAAUGCUGCCAGCGUUUUCAGCUGUAUACAGUUAUUUUCCAUAUACUCAAUAAAUGUUUUCCAGUUUUCUUUAAGUGUAUGUUCUUCUUGCUCUCUUAUUCUGUAUGUUAAAUCUUCAAGUUGUGCAUAUCCUGUAAAAUCACUUCUUAGCUUUCUAUAUACUCUAGAUUUUAUCCUGACCUUGAUUCCACCCCCCUUCAGUAGUUGACAUGACUGAAAUGUUUAAAAUCUGUUUUGAUAAUUUGAAUGAUUCACUAUUUCUUUUGCAGUCUUAUUCAGGCGCAUCUAGGAUGCAUUCCCAUACAAGAUUUCACAUUGACACAAGAUAUAGGGAAGAUUUUCAGAAAUGGCAUAAGGCUUACAAAAUGUAUGAUAAAAGAUCAUUUUUACUUUUGGAUUAUUUAAAAACAGUCUGUCUUGCAAGAUUCCCCUCCCCUCACCUGUAUGUUUGUUGUCUUGUGCAGGGUUGUCUGAAUUUCUGGCCUCCCGUCAAAACAACUUUAUUGCAUUAUUAAGCUCUCUGAUUUUAGCCAAGUGCUUCAGGUGUAGACUUUGGGAAAACUCACUGUAUGUAUCUAAACAACUUGAAAAAAUUGGUAGGUACUACAGUCAACAAGAAAGUACAAUGUAUAGUGAACUCAGUUACGAUAUAUAACACCCCACGCCCAAUAUUUGCUGCGGAGUUCAAAGGGUCAUAUGGGGAAUUUCUGCAUCUUAGGUCCCAACCACACUGUAUAACUAAAGCAGUAUCAUUAUCACUUUAAACAGCCAUGGAUUCCUCAAAAGAAUAAUGGAAUUGUAUAGAGUUGGAAGGGACCCUGAGGGUCAUCUACAGUAGCCUGAGGUCCAUGGGAAGAGAGAUUCACUGUUAAACCACUCUAAGAACUGGAGCUCUGUGAAGGGAAUAGAAGUCUGCUAACAACUUCUUAGAACCCUUAACAAAUGAUAGUUCCCAGAAUUCCAUAGCUGGGAGAAGCCAUAACUGUUUAAAGUGAUACUGCUUUAAAUGAUGGUGCCUUACUGAGGCUUUUGACACACCUAAGAAAUGAGACCUCUUUUUAAAACAGCUGACUCCCAGACAUGGGGAGAUGCUGCAGCAGUCUCUAUUUGUACACAAAAAGCAGCAAUUGGAAAAGAAAACCAGAGAUGCUUCAAUGUAUGAACAUAUGCACUUGAGCGUGCUCACAGCAUCUCUUUGGAUCCCAGCCUUUGCUUUUGGCCUGAGCGCAAUUUGAUACUGGCAAGAAUUAACACACGCAGAAAGUGGAAAAGGCACAUGUAGUAGAUUAGGCAUCCAAUCCUUGGGCGUAAGCGCCAUUGAGCCCAGUUGGAUUUAUGGUAAAUAUGCACAGGAUUUCAGUGUAAAUCAGUCAAGUCAGCCCUUGUUGUAAAUAGGCAGAAGUUUGAUCUUUACCUCCUAUAGCCAGAACUUUGAACUAUGACAGGUGCAUGCCAGCAACAUGGCAAAUUGUGACAGAAAUUCAGCAAUCCAUCUCUGUUUCUCAUAAUCCACCUAUAAUUGAUGGCCAUUGCUAUAAGGUUUUUGUCUUUAAUUUUUACUUCUUGCAUAAGUCUGUUCAGAAAAUGAAACUUGAAGGAGAAUUGUGCCAAUGUUUUGAGAUCUAUUUGGUGUAACCCUCUUCAAAUGUAUUUUAAAUGCCAUUUUAUAUUUGCUUGCCUUUGGUGAAGAUAAUGAUAAUUUAUUAUUUACUACAGUAUUUGUAAGAAAAUGCUAUUAGUAAAACAAAAAACAAAACAAAAACCAAUUAAGACUGCGAUUUUCAACAGGUAUGACACUGUCAAGUGCAAUGAUGAGCGCUGGUCUGGUAUCCUUUGAAAAAAUAGAAGAUAUAAAUGCAAGGGAACUUGAAUUGGUAUUUAUUUUAUCAUCUGCCUAUUUUACAAUUUUGUUUAAGUAUGUUUAAUUGGCAGAAGGGGAAAGCAAUAAUGACACCACAGACGGUCAGUGAUUGCUUGGAUGUAGGUUAGAAAAUGAGCUUGGAGCAGAAUGAGCGAGACAAGUCGUUGUCAUAUAUUUUCUUGCUUCCACAGUACUGUCAUUGUUUGUGGUACCAAAUACAAUCACUUGAAUAAAAGACUGGCUGAUUAUUAUUAUUUUUUUUUGUAAGCACGUAUAAGGGCCCUGUAGAUUGCAGUUACUGGAGGCUAGUGAAAAAGCAGGCUGUUAGGGUAUUUUAUCCUUCUAUCUUUUCCAUCAAAAUCCAAGGAACCUGCCUCUUCUAAAUCAGUGCCUGAUGUCAGUAACAGACUGAAUGAAGGUGAACAAUCUGAGACUUAAUCAGACACGACAGAGGCACUCUUGAUCAGUCAGAAGGCAGAUAAAGAAAUAACGAUUCAUCCUGUGUUGGGUGGGGUUACACUUCUCUUGGAGACUCGUAGUUUAAGUAUACUCCUGGAUUUUGCCCAGGUUUCAAUGGUGUCCAAGUAUAUGUUUGCACAAUUAUAGCUCAUGUGUCAGCUGCAUUAAUUCCUAGCCAUGAUGACUGAUCCCUGGGUUGCAUCCUGAUUGGACUACUGUAAUGUACUGUAUAUUGGGCUGCAUUUGAAAAAUGUUUGAAAGUUUCAGCUGGUCUGGACGGCUGCAGCCAGACUGUUGACUACGGCUGCUAACGGAGAGCAUGUCGCUCUUUUGUUAGAACAACUUCACUGGCUCCUGGUCCCUUCCCAGGCACAAUUCAUGACCUAUAAAAGCCCCAGAUAACUUGGGCCCAGCUUAACUGAAAGUUCAUAUUUUUCUUUACAAACCAGCCCAGGUGCUAAGCUCUUCGGGUGAGCACCUUCUCUUGGUCCCAUCAACUUCAGAGGCACAAUUAGUGGUUACACAACAAACAGCCUUUUCUGUGGCUACUGUCUUGUUGUGGAAUUCCCUCUCUAGAGAAGUUAGAUUGGCUCUCUCUUGUUAUCGGUCCUCCGGCAUGCUAAGAUCUUCCUAUUUAAACAGGCCAUUGAAAAUUAUGUGCAGCUGAUAUUAUUACUAGGCUGCUGUCUGAGCUAUCAGUAUUUUAAUGGCUGUUAUAAAUGUGUUUUAUUGCAUUUUAACUACUUUUCCCUGGUUUGUUUGUAUUACUUUUUAUAGUGUUUGAUACUAUAAAAUAUACUAUAUAUAGUGUUAUUUAGUAUAUGUAAGCUGCCUUCUAUCCCAACUUGGGAGAAAGGCAGACAAUCAAUCAAUCAACCAACCAACCAACCAAUCAAUCAAUCAAUCAAUCAAUACUCUAACAUUUGUCAGCGAACAGUUUAAUUAAAAUAUCCCAAAAUAAUGUUUUUACUAUUUUGAUGCAUUAUGGGGAAAUAGUUAGCAAUGAUAAUAUCAGGGGGACAAUCUUUCUCAAAUCGAUGCUAUUUUGUAUUAGGAUGUUUCAAAAUCAAUGCAUACUGAAUUAAUAUGAACUCUUUCUGAAAUUAAAUUUCCAGAUUUUGAAUAGGCACCCUCCUUUUGGAAAUCAAAUUAAAGAAUCGGUAGCACACCUUCCAAAAUAUGAACUUACUGUAGAGCAGGUAAAUAGAAUGGCCUAAUUGCAUUUUUGUUCUGCCCUUCACCUCCAAAACAGUUGUAUAGAGAAGGUUAAAUAAAACUCUCUUCCUAAAUUUCACAAAGAUCGGUUCAGUUAUUUAACUCUCAUGACAUGUGUAGUGCCCUCAAUAAUUACAAAGAAGGUCCUCAAGCUAAGAAUUCCUAGGUUUACAGUGAUUUUGUAGGAAUGAAAUGUGCUAACUUGGAGAGGAGGAGGAAUAAGGAGCCUAUAGAGAAGAUCUUAUAAUUAUAAAUUGGAAAAGUAAACCUAAGACAUGUUGAUUUUUCUGUAAGAUUUUGUCUGCACCGUGGUCCCUGUUUCUUGUAAUCUCUCAUUUGUUCCAUUUUCUGCUUGUGCAGAUUUCCUCAUGUUUGCAGUAUACACAUAGAAAGGAAACUACACGGAGAAUUAAGAAGCAAAAAAUUAGGUGGUAGAUCAAUAUUGGAUUAGGCACAAUACCUAGCUCAAUACAAUGGUAGCUUAGGGUAGAUAAGUUUCUGGGUAGGACUCUCAGUUUCUCCCACAGCCUAUAAACUGUCAAAUAAUGCCCUCUUGCAGGAUUUGGCUGAACACGUGAGGGUUAUGUGUAGGGGCAGGGAUGCAGAAAGAAGCCCAGGACCCAAUAUCCUCAUGCCAAGGCUCCUCUCUGAACUUUCCAUGCUAAUUGUGAAGGUCUGAAGGGGGCCACUUCUGGGUUCAACAGAAUGCAUGUAGAAGCAACUGGGGACCUUGUCUUAUCAGGAUUCCUGAUCAAGUAGAGACUUCUAAGCACAUUGUCACAUAUAUAGAGAGAAGCCCUUCUCAAACCUUCAUGCUCUGUGUGUAAAAGGCACUGUUUUGAACUAACCAUGGUUUGGUGUAGUCUGAACUAUGGUUUAGGGAAGAAACUCAGGAUCAGAAACAACCUUUUGCAGUUGACUUGUUUCCUUAACCCUAAUUAAGACUAAACACAAUACUGGAUUUGCACUUCACAAAACAAAUAUUGGUUAUCUGAAAGCAGAAGUAAACGUUUUGCAUCUCCUUGUGGCCAACCUGGAGGAGAGGGGAAUGGGGUGUGUCAGAGCCAAACGCCGGCGUUUACAACAUUAAAUCAUACUUUAGCAGUAUGUUUGAACCCAGCCAAUAUAUACAAAGUAAAACUGUAUUUCUACAUUUUGAAAUAGGUGAAAAACUAGUAUUAUUUUAAAAAUAUGUAUCUUUUCCAAGCUAACAAAAUACAGUGAAGCCGUAGCUGAAAUUCUAGUGACGGUCAUAUUAAAGAACUUUGAACAGCUACAGACAAAGAGAACUGCCCCAGAUUUUCACUACGUGACCUUAAUAAUAGGAGAUAAUGAUAAUCAGGUGGUUUUUAAGCAAAAGAUUACGUGAGUAUACUCAAAUCAUUUUAAAACUUUAAAAAAUUGCCCAUUUGUGCAUAUUUAAUAUAGUAUAUUGAUACUUUGCAGGGAUUCCGCUUUGCUGAAAAUUGGAAAUUGGACUAAAAAGGUUGAAGUGAGAAGAGCUGUUAAGUCUGAAGAGCUUAGCAUAAAUCUAAUCAGUUCUGAAUAUGGUAAGUUAAUUUAUGUGAUGUAAGUCUUAAAACCAAUUCUGUUCAAGUAAAACUGCAUUCUAUUUCUAUAAUAUAUUGCAAACUUAACGGAUUGUAUCCAGACUUAGCUCCCUUGACUUAAAAUUGCAUAACUAUGCUCUCCUUUUCUAUCUGCUGCCCCACUGACUGAUGUAACCAGUAGGAAGCAGACCACAUUCAUUUGACCUGUAGCUCCUUGCAGGGGGUGGAACCGUGGCUCAGUGGUAAAACACAUGAAGGUGUGGGAAGGUAAAUUGCAAACAUCAUGUUUGCAUAUUCAAAAUCAGCUUCUGAUCCAAUGUUGUGCUGAUUUUAACCUCUAUAUGAUAAAACUCCAAAGCUGUCAUGAGAAUACUGGAUUCAGUUUGUUUCCACUGCCUUAAAUACCGCUUUGUGCAAGCUGUUUCAGUGAUGUCUGCAGCAUUUUCUGCUUGAAAAAGACUGUUCAGCUCACACCAUAAAUCAGAAUUGUUGCAAUUUUAGCAUCUAACAUGCCAUAUUUUAAAAAGUGAAAAUGGACACGACAACUGAAAUGGCCACAACUCUAUUGAUUUCAGAUGUAGGGAGCUUUGGCAUAGGCAUUGGGCAUGUAUCCCUCUCAACCCCUGCUGGGGGUCUGAGGCAUGACAUGGUGUAUUUGGGAAGGUGGGUCCAUCGCAAAACACAGGUUUACGCAGCUGGCCCCCUAAAUGCUAAGGGAAGCCCUAUGGCCCGCUAGCCCUACACAACUGGCUCUUUGGACAGAGACUUCCCUCCAGACCCCUCUAAUGGGGUACCCUGUAACCACCGCCUCAGGAUAUGGGGUGGGAUGAAUCACCACUUCCCUCCCUACCCUAAUUGGAUGAAAGACUAUAGGAUUCCGUCCAAGGCCUAAAUCGCCAAAAAUGGCAAGGUGCCACGGAGUGAGUUGAGGGAGGCACUGCGUCUGGCCACGACCGCCGCUCACACGGAAAGGAGGUAAGUGGCCAUUAUAUUUAGAUAAAAAAAUAAGCUGGUGAAGGAAAGACUCUGGAGAGUAGCUGUUGGUCUGACAUCGGUCUCCUUUGCACUUGGGUCAUAGCAUUCUUUUGGUAUUUUAAUCUUUCAAUUUAUUAAGGGAGCCGAAUUAUAUAAAUACAGACAUAUUUGAUAACUCAAUAAAUCAUACAUACAUACAUGUAUAUUUUCUGCAACAGUUGGACUAGAUAUCCAGAAAAAAUUUAAGGCAUUUUAUCUUGGACCAAAGAGGUUUGGAAAUGAAAUGGUGAGCGUACAUGGAACAUUAAAAAGUGAAUGUUCAUCCAAUCAGACUUCCUCAGAAGUAUCAGCAACAGCAGAAAUCAGUAAAGGUAAGUGAUAGUUCCGUACUAAAUAACAGAUCUGAGAGGCAGGGUUGGAUACAGUUGCAUAUAUACUUGAUAGCAAAUCCCAGUGCAAUCUUGCAUAAUGUGUGAAUUGGCUUUAAAAUGUUGAUUGCAAACAAAUGAAAGUGCAGCAUAAUCUCAGAGGAUGCCUUUUCUUGCACAAUGGCGCUCCUGCCACAGGGACAAAUUCAUCCCACACACCCCAUCCCUUACCUGAAGCAGACUCCAAUAGAUUCCCUAAAGGGGGGCGGGGAGCAAGGAGAUCACCAGGAUAAGUGACCAAUCACUUAACUUGGCAAUUGUACCUUGGCAAUUUAAGCCUGCUCUGACCCAGGACCAGCCCACCAUGAGGCAAGGUGAAGCAACCACCUCAGGAGGCAGGAUCCACAGGGACAACAGAUCCUGAUGUAGAUCUUUAUCCCCACCCUCCUUGUUUCUGACACGGGUCUUCAUGCCAUUUUGUGGUUUGCCUCGGGUUCCAAAAUGUCUUGAGCCAGCCCUAGCAAAUGGAGGUGGGGGCCACACAGGAAGCCACUGUGUGUAGCAGUUGACAUACCCUGGGUUUGCAAGAGGGUGCUUCCCCUUUUAUACGAUGAAUAAACUCACCUGCUUUCACUGUUUAGUUGGCUGUUGAUUUGAAGAUCUUAGGUUAUAUUUCAAUAAAUAAAACCACUCCACCAACAUGCUGGCUCCUAAGUCUUCUUCAGGGAUGUUGGGGCAAAGCCCUUAUCUGCAGGGACUGAUGCCCUGCUCCAAGUUUGCAGGAAACUAGAAACAAUUUUUUUGGGGGGGGGCACAGUGCCUUUUUGAUUGCUGCUUGGAGGCUCUGGGAUGAGUUGACAAGAAGAAAAGCAUCAAAAAAGAAAUGCCAAGACCACCCUUUAAGCAGGCAUUGGGGAGUAUAUCUGGGGAAGGUUUCUUUUUGUGUAUAAUUGCCGGAUUUUUGUUGUUCUGUUUGUUGCUCCUUAAACGUUUUAAAUGGUAUUUUACAAUCUUUUGCUUUUAAUUAUUAUAAGCCGAGCCCCAUCUUUGUUUUAAGAGGUGGGGUUAAAUUGAUAAAUAAAUGAAAUAGACUUAAAGUAACAUACUUAAUGGCACCCCAUUUCUGAAUGUACUUGUUUGAAAGUACAUCCUGUUAAUUUUAAAUGGCAUUUAUUUACAGGCAGUUGGGAUUAGGAACAGCUUUUCCAGUGAAAGGCUCAAUCACUGCAGUGGGACAUUUAUUGCCACUGAGUUGCGAUAAAUAGAAUAUUCAUGCUCUAUGGCUUUUAUAGCUUUUCUUCUAUGACAUUAAACUUUAAAAUAGUAUAGGAGCAAAUAUUAAGGGUAGACUCACAAUUCACUUUAAGUGAUAGCAAACAUGCAAUAUAGGUUAACUACCUCUCGAAUUGCCUACCCUCUUAGGCAAUUGACUGACGGGACAAUCAACAAUUGUCCAUGAUAAGUACAUAACAACUGUUCUACAUGUUCACGUUUUCAAAUUAUGUCUAAUAUCACUUGGAUAAUGUAUGCUCUCAAAAUCAACCAAGGUCCACCCCACUGCCAUAUGUCACCUAAUGAACAACAUAAUCAAUAUUUUAAAAUAGGUAUAUAUUACUUUAGGAGGCCCUCGUAGCCAAGGGAACCUCAGCAUGAAGGACGGGAAUAGGAAAUGCAACCAUCACUGCAAAAAUAAGGAAAUAUGUGGACAUGACUGCUGUAAGUUUCAUUCAUUUUUUGGCUACCUUUACCUGCGAAAGGGAGGAGGAUCCAACCUUUGCUGUGAGCAUUGAAAGGUGCACCGCUCUGCACACAUCUGCACACUUUUAUGAGCCUCGAACGUGGGUUUGCUGGAGGUAAUAUCACAUGUGGGGCUGCACACACAGGAAAGGAUGUGGAGAUUGUCUCACAAGUUCUUCUAGAACGAACGCCACUGGAAAACAAGGGAUGAGCGUACAAUGGAUACGGCAUCAUAUGCAAUUUAUACUGCUUUUAUAAAAGGAAUAACUUUUUUUUUACAAAAUAUAGGCCUUUGGGUUUUUUAAAACAUAAAUAUAUAUUAGAGUGAUGUUUAUAGGGACUUCUGGAGAGUCGUUUCUCUUCUUCUUAUCCCAGCAUGAUCUAUGAUGUGUUGGGGGUGAUGCUGUGUUGCUGACCCCCAAUGCCGCUCAUCACUGCGAUUUACCCAAGAGCGGGAAAGACAAGACUGAGAACCUGGUGCGGUUCAGGUGCAGCGGCAGAGCCAAUCUGAUGCUCCCACUGCUGCAACCCGCCACUGAAGCAACACUGUGCUGAGCUUCCACUGCCUUGCCUUCCCCCUCUUGAUAAACUGCCGCAGUGCAUGGCAUUGAGAAGGCAGGUCUGAAACGCAGCCGGCCACUACUGCCUAGCACUCAAAAGAUCACUUGGUGAAUUACUUCACCUUUGCUGCUGGGAUUAAAUUCACCGCAGAGCAGUCACAAAAUCAAGAGCUGUCAACUGCCUACUGGGAUAAAGAGCAGGAGGGCUCCUUUGUAUCUUCAAGAAGCGCUUCGGGACACAUUCCUUUCCCGUGGCUUCUGUAAUUUGCUGUGACUUCAAUGUUGGCACUGUAUAUAGAGGAGAGCGGGAUCCCAGCAGCGAGCCCCACCCGCAAUCAACAUUUAGCCACAAGACUGUCUAUACACCCUGUCCCCAAACUAGCCCUCUGUAGGUGUUUUGGACUACAGAAUAAAUACAUUAAUGUGCGACCAUAGCAGAACGGUGGUAAAUCCUUAGAUUGGAUAAUGCAGAUUUAUUUAACUGGAAAUAAAUAGGUUUCUUGAUGAACAUAUAGGCCCAAGUGGCACAUUUCCGUAAUUAAUGGUUUAUUGUAGCCAUGCUGAGUUGGGCUGUUUUGCACCCGGCUCCCCACUUGCACAUGGGAGAAAUAAACAAAGAUCCCUGGCUUAGCAUUACACAGUAGUGGGUGGAGCAAUGCUGCACACCAGGAUGCUAUGGGGGGGGGGCUCUGAAGACUCCAGUGGAACCAAUAUGGUACUCCUAUCAGUGCCUCUUUAGUCCACCUGUGCAGCCCUGACCUCACUGCCAUUCAGUGUUUCCAUCUGUACAGGUAACAUAGAUCUUGGUAAUCAAAGACUAUUAGCCAAAUAAAAAAUAUGGGAUGUACAUUUAUAGGAAACUUGGGUGUGAAAUUACACAAGGGCACAACAUGAUUUACGAAUGGCUUUCUGAUACAGAAAAUGCAGCAGAACAAUGCAACUUUGUUCUUUAGAAACAGAGAAAGGUUCAGUCUUGGUUGUACAGAUACAGAAUUACCAAAGAAUAUUUUUAAAUUUUUGUAACUUACCAUGUUGUCUUCUUACGUUGUAUGGCAUAAAUAUUUUAAUUGAAUGCAAAUAGAAAGUAGACACAAAACAUGUAGACUUAUCUUUUUUCAAGGUAAAAUUGGAGUUUCACAGAAAUAUGAGAUGAGGAAAGAUUCAAAGUUUUCUUCAUAUCUCGCUGAUUUGAGGAACAGAAACACAGAAUCUGCCAUUCCCCCAGCCAAACGAUUAAAGGUGCACAGAUGCAGAAAUACUUUUGCUUGCACUUUGUUAACAGAAUGUCUGUCUAUUUCCAGUUAACAUUUUUAUUAGUAAUAUGGUUACUGCUGUCAAACAUUUGCUAUGAAAUUGGCAGAGAGGAAAAGCUAUAUGCAUUGAUUAAGAAGGUGCCCAGAAAAGAUGAAAGACAACCUUGUUAAUGGGAACUAUCCCAGCAAACUUCUUUGAAAGUAACUUUUAUUGUAAAUUGCAGUAAGACCUAUUUUCAAGUAAGUUUUCUCAGAUAAUUUGUAAUCAUUGGGAUAUAUUUCCAUGCAAAAUUGAUUUAGGAUCAGGCUGUAAGACUGGAAUAAUUAUUCAUCAUGGAACAGCUUAAAGAUUGGAAUGCAAGUGUAACACAUUGUUUGGCUGCCUGAUUUGGGUAUGCAAGAUUUGCAAAUAAAGACGGUACACAAUAUAGCUGUGUUAACAUACUUUUAUUAGAACUCAGUAGAAUUAAAACUUGGCCAGAGUGAAGACUUUUCGACCAUAUGUUAGCAACUUCAGGAUGAUUCCCACCACCUUUCUUCAGGUUUCAAAGCUGAAUAGUUCUACCACUGUAGGACUGCCAUUCAUUCAUCCUCCUUUGCAGAGUUACACAUAGGAAUGAGGAAUUGCUCUUCCCUUCCUUGCAGGAGAAUGACUUGGACAAUUGAUAACAGGGAAUGAAAUAUGGUUAACAAACUAUAGAUUACAGCCAGCCCGGGCUUGUUGACAUGCUUGCAUAGUUCCAAGCUUCUGCUGACUAAAUUUGUUCAUUUAAUUCGUUUUCUCCCCUAAAAAAAUUAUACACCUUCUCAACCAUAUAAAAAACACCUCUCAUAAAGUGGGGAAAAAUAAUGUUGUUCAUAUAUGACUUUCCUAUUCCUGACAAGGUGUCAGAAGUAUUCAUUUUCUAGGUUUAUUUGUACAUACAUAAACCAAACCCAUGCUAUCAUAUAUGUCCAUUGUAAUGAUCUCUCCCUGUAUUUUAGAUGCAGAUGCCAAAUAAAUCUCAAAAUGUGGAUCUUAAACAAUUUGCUUAUACUCCUAAAUCUUUGCUUCCAAGAUUGCCAAGGUACUGUACUGCCAUAAAAAUAGUCUGUCACCCAGUUUACUUGUUCAUUUUAAUAUCAACAAGCACAAAGUAUAUUUUCUAUAUAAAUAAGAUUUAAUUUACACCUUUCCUGUGAUUUUGCCUGCUUUUAUGAAGGUAUUUACAACAUUCAGGGUCCCCGUUGCUGGAAGAAAGGAAUGAUCCUGUUCUCCAGGAAAGUUUACCACUGGAAUCUGAUGGUUCCAAAGAGGCUGGUAAGUUGUAAAUGGAUUCUAGGAUUCAAUCCAAUGAAAGUUAAGCGUUUUAAAAUACCAGAGGUUUCAAAUGAAGAAAUUAUUUCAGUUGCAAUCAAUGUGACUUAAAUGUCUUACCUUUGGCUGAAACUUCUCUGUUUUGUUUCGCUUUUCAUUUUCUGACAGCUUGAGAUUUCCUUGUAGCUUUUUCUUUUCGAUGGGUGACAUUCAGGUAAUAUUGGGAUAUCUUUGUCCUGGUUGUCAAUUGGUUCCUAGCUCAUUCUUGCUUUUGUAGAAUUCUGAGACUAAAUAAUAUAUUUGAUUAUGCUAGAACUCUCUUGAUUUCAAAGUCAGUCUCUUGAUCAUUCUUAUGGUUUUGAAUUUUUUGGAUCAGUAGUUGGCAAUAAUUUUUGCAGCCUGUGUAAUCCAAAUGCAGUUAGAAUAUAUUUUAUAAUGGGUAUGGAAUUAAGCAGCUCAGACCUAAAAAACAUUCCUAUUGCUGUGUACCUAUUCCCUAAAAUAGUGUUGACAGAUGCCUUAUUGUAUAAAUUUAACAAAUUCUCUAGCUUUUUUUUAACCCUUUGUGAGAAAUCAUUUUACUCUUUCACCUGUAUUUUUAUUAUGCUCAAUUAUAGGUUUUGUUGUAAGCAAGCAACCUGCAAGUUGGAAUGAAAAGAGCUGUUGGACAAUGCCUUCACAUGAAAAUUUCAAAGAAUCUUCAAUAAAUAAUAACUUGACUGAUGCCGAUAAAAGCAGCUCUUUGUUUUCAGAACCUUUCAGUGUAAACUUUGAGUUAGAUGAGAUUUGGGGCGAUUACGAUGACAGUAGCCUUGUGGACGCCAGCACAUUUUGUACUGAUAUGGCGAAAACUAAGACUUCAGGUAAAGCAGCUGCAUGUAACAUACAGUUAUGUAUAAAAUAACCGUUAUCACUGCAUGCUUUUGAAAGGUACCAUAAUUUGCUCGUGAUAUUCAAGAUGAAUGCCAGAAGUUAAGCUGUAGUACUUAGUCUGUAUGACACUAUAAUAAAUGGAUGGGGGAGUGGUAAAUUGAUGCUACUUCCAAAGCUCUGUUGGCUUAUGCCAGCCAGGGUAGGAGAUGAUGGGGAGCAGACUUACUUUUCUUCCCUGCACAGUUUUUGACACUCAUUUAUUCGUUCCAAUAGGAAGGAAAUUUAGUUUUGCUAGUUCCAGGUUGAUGGCAAGGGGAGGGCUGGCCCAAGGGUUUCUCUGAACCCAGUGGAUCCAAGCUCCCCUUUUGAAUUAGGUCCAUUUCAGGACUUGAUGCUGGCCUCUGCAAGAAGCAUCGGUGGUCGAUCGCUCACUGAGAUAUCCACGAGUGUUAUUUCAGUGGAGUGGCAGUCGGACUCCAGUAUAUGGGGUUUGGGGUUGCUUUGCCAGUUGCUAGUAAUGCUUCCUCUUUUCAUCUCUUGAAUUUUUAGAUAAAAAUUCACGGGAAAUUGGUCCCAUUUUGUUUGCAAAAUAUAACUGGAGAAGCAGCUUUGCAUAUCUGAUUAAUUUGCUUUUGUUUGGAGUGGUAAAACCUUAAGAUAGUGCUUCAGUUACGUUUGCUUUCCACUUGAAAGUUGUUUUGGGUUGUUUUUAUGUUUUAGAAUCUUCUCAUCUGGGAUCUAUAAAUACAUGCUUCCAGAACACCCAGAACCAAACUGCACAAAGCAAAUCUCCUGGUGCACUUUUAAAAAGGUACGUGUAAGCCGGUGCCAAUAGUGCAUACACACAAUCCAGUAGCAGCUGGCAGGGCAAAGUGGCAUUGCUUACCUGGCUAAGAGAGGCAGGUUGGCGCCAUCCAGGUGCAGUGGCGGAGCCAAUCCUAAUAUAUUUAUCAUUGCCUGCAAACUGUUACAAGAAUUUUGGAUUAAGGGCACUAAAAUGGAAAACCCUGAAUAAUGAGGAAACACAUUUUUAUUGAUUCGGAAAACUUUGCAAAGUGAUGCUGUGCACUAGUUUCUUACGUAAUGUAGCUGUGUCUGUAUAGUAUGUUUCUUCUAUUUUCUCAAAUACAUAGGACUGCUCAAUACAUUUUUUUUCUCCUUCUUGCUCCUAAUAAAAAAGUCCUAACAGGGUAAUGCCUUUUAAGAUUUGGAAAAGCCCAGAUCCUAACAGGCGGGAGAACUAAGGGUCUGCCUUGUUUAAACCCAUCUGAUUCUGGAGAGAAGGAAAUGGACUCUGCAAUGUGCAGAGUUCAAUGAUGGGAAUGCUUUUAAAUAGCAGUAUAUUAUACUGUUGAACCUAAGUGUCUUCAAUGAAGAGAACACCAGCAGUCUUCACUUCAAACACAGCCCAAAGGGGAACAAUUUGCUGACCUCCCUGAGGACAAAGACAUGUUUCUGGGCUCUUGAUCCUUAGACUGCAAUUAAAAUCAGUGAUUCAGAGAGGAAUCUGAAUCCUGUUCUGCAUUGGUGUGCCAGCUGCUCAAGGCUUCUCAUUCGCCUGCACGCCUUCAUUUGAAAUGGACUCUACUGGAAGACACUUAACAGUGUGAGGCUUGCCCUUAGUGGAGCAAAGAUGUGCUGGGUGGGACCGGUCCUGGUUUUGGAUGCUCUGCUUCUGUCUCUAUUUGCGCCCUUCUGUACAGCUGCCUAACCAAAGAUACUCCUCAGGCCAAUCUUUUGCCAACUCCACCUGAUGUUCUGAACUGAUCUUUCAAGGCCUGGCUCAGGAAACUUGAUUGCUCCCAUCUGGGAGGGCUUUCUGUUUAAGCCCUUCGCCAGCAGCCUGGUAUGUGAGUGAGAGCAUUUAAAACACCUCAAGUAGGCCCAGUGAGCACCAGUUCCCACAGUCACUUAAGGGGACUGGCGGUUACUGAGAUUUGUUACCUAAGCCCAGAAUUUGAAUUCACAUCUCUGUAUGAAUAUGUGAGGAAAGCGCCUUUCAGAACCAAACAUUCUGCUCUUUGCAGAAAUGUCCUAAAUAUGGGUAAAUAUAAAAAGAAUGUCUGUGUUUUCUACAUCUUCCCAGAAUAUGAAUAUUUUCUAUGCUAAAAAUAAAAGUGCCCUAAAAGGAUGGCAUCACUCAUUUUACCAGUGUCUUGCCACACUUUUAAACUAUAUAAACUCUCGUUUUCUGGUUUCAUUUCCAAACAUUUAAUUUUGCUUUGGGUUCUUUUUCUUUUUUAGUUUUUCCAUAUUUAAAGAGAAACCUGAUAUCUGCCUGCCAAAAUCCACCUCUCCAUCAUUAACUCCACCAUCAAGUGUGAAACCACUUGCUGAAUAUGGCAAUAAAAAUAUUGUAAGUGAAAGUAGAUAUCUGAUCAUCUUGCUUUCUAAUUAUCUGUUCAUUGUAUGUAUGCUGACAUGCAUAUUUCGUGUGUCUGCUCAAAAUGCUUUUCCUAGAGUAGCAAAACAUCUCAGACCACCCUGGCUUUGACCCAUGUUUGUACAGAGCAAUAUUCCAGAUCAGUUUAUCAUGCUUCCAACAGACUAAUGAUUGUUGCUUGGAAUCACUUGUUUGCUAGCACCAGCACAUUGUGUCUUAAACCUAAUCUUAUAUAGUCUUAAAACCUGUGCUUGUAAAUUCUUUAACCUGGCAUUCUGAAUAAUACCCACAAUAGGACAAUAAAAUGUAGGUGAUAUUCCUUGUGUAAAUUACACUUUUGGAAUGAUAGGGCCACUUGCUUUGAAAUCCACAUUUCUUCUUGUGAUUUUUGCAUUACAGUUUGGCUUUCGUGAAGAAUAUAAUCUCCCACAAAAACCGAAACCUGUACGGUUGAUUACAACCUCAGGUUCUUGCCAAGUUACUGGAAAGGAGAACUUUCUUAUCAGUAAGAAGAAAAUGACAGAAGAGGCUGACCGCAGGUAAUGAAAAUGCUUUGUGAAGGUACUGCCCGGGCUUGGUCUGCAUAAUUGUAUCUAGAUAGAUAUUUCAGAAAGGUCAUAAGAUUGCAGGUAACUUUCUUGAGCUUUCCAUGCAAAUAAUUGUAUUCUAAUGCAACAGUUUGGUUUAAUAGCACUAUAUAUUGUGCUGCAGAUAAAACAAUCUGAUCUUACAAGGUUUGGUAUAGUAAACCGAAAUGUUUCUUGGGUGCUUUCUUUUUCCUAGGCAACAGCUUUCUGAUGAUGACGAAAUUAAGCUUUACCUUGGAAUAUUUGAUGGCAUUUUCUAACACCAGGAAACAAACGUGCAUUGCUGGUGAUGAAGCAUAAGCACUCAUUUUGAGGAUGAGAUCUUCAAAUACCCCGUCUGGAUUUUCUACUUUUGAUGUAUAGCAGUUCAUUAAUAGUCAGUUUUGCUACAUACAGUAAUGACCAGAAUACUAUACGGUUUGCUUGCAGUAUUUAAUGUAGAAUGCAUCUUUAAUAGUUAUUUAAAUAACUUUGUUUACAUGAGGUUUCUGUUCAUAAUAUUGUAGAAGACAAAGCCCUUUGCAAGCCUUUUAUUAAAGGGGAUUGUUUUUGAGCCAAGCUAUUUGUUUUGUUUCAAAUUAUACCCAGUCUUAUUCUUGGAAAUAAGAUUAUCCGUAUAAUAUGCAUUUCCUAGGUAAAUACAUUUGUGAACAAUGCUUGUGUUAUCCCUGGAAAAAUAUCUUCUUGGUUGGAUUUUUUUUAUUGGGCAGUUAUUCGCAUUAAACUGAUUUUAUAAUGACUAUACAUUAUGUGAAACAAUGAGUUUUUAAAAUAAAAUGGAAUAAAGUUAGUUUGC